GGUCGGGGGAGUGAGUAUACAUUGUCACUCCUAGUAAUUAUAUCACGCUCUUAAUAUAAAUCUUCAAAUUUACACUGCUCGAGUAUGCACCUGGUCAUGUCAAAAGAUACUCCGAAAAAGUUUUGUAGUGCUAGUGAAGAAAGCUACAGCUCGUCCUGCCAUUUAUGUCUGAAGAUUUGUGAUGUGACUCACAUUAAAAAGUUGUUUAGACCUCCAAACGCGAAUAUUCUGAAACUAGCUGAAGAUUGUUUGGGCGAAUUCCUCGUACGAGACAAAAGCCUGCCUCAAAAUAUUUGCAAACCUUGUGAGAGGCGACUGACCAACCAUAAAGCUUUCAAAGAGCUAAUUUGGAAAAGCCAAGACGCUCUUAAAUCACAGUCUAGAGCGAAAAGAUGCCCCGAGCCAUCGCCUUCUUCAUUGCCUGCAAGAAAGAGGGUUCAACAAGCAGCUUCCUCAACACGACGGUCCAUUUUAUUUUCUUCAAAGAAAAUACGGUAAGUUUAAAAAACUAAUCUGUGUAAGUGCACUACUGUACUUAUUAUAGUUUCCGUUCUUUUUAUACUGGUUAUAUGCGUAAUAAUAAUUUUUAAAACUCAAAAAGUAAAGUGCGUGCAGAGCUAGGGUUAAUUUUGUAAAUAUAAAAGACUGCUUGGAAAUGUUUCUUUAACAUUUGUUUGUUUUUACCAUAUGCUGUCCUUCAUAGCUAAUUAUAUUUCAAGUUUUGCGACAAGUUUGUGGAUUUUGACAGCUAGAACAACAUUAGAAAAAGUGUAAUUGCCGACGGGUGUGAUUGCAACUGUUAACUUCAUGAUAUAUUUUAAACGGAAGCGGCUAAUGAGUAAUGAUAGACAUGAUAUAAUAGAAACAAAACGCCUUAGUACUUUUAUACAAUUAAACUUUUAGGCCACAUCAAUCAUUUUUAUUUUUUGUAUAUUUUAUAUUGAAAUUUUGAAAUUAUUUUGGAGCAAAUUGCAUUGCGUGUUGUGGGAAUAUACGGGAGUCCGAAGGCGAAAUUUGCACAGAUGGCGAUUUUAUCUUUAUAUAAAUUUGUUCACGAACCAACAUACAUUUGACAAACCAGUAAAAAAUUGUCAUUUUACUUAUGCAUUGUGUUCAUUUCGGCUUCAGACAGCGUUCUUCUUUAAGGGCAUUUCAUACAAAAUAUAAAACCCCCAGCCUCGGAACAUUUUUAAAAUUUAGUGAUACAGUAAUCAGAGAUACAAGCAAUUCGUACUUGCAACUAUAUAGACUGCUCUUAGGCUCUGUUCACAUGAUCCCGGAAUAAACAACUGCCCCGCGACAAGUCAUUGACCCGGGAUACUGAUAUCUUCUGUUUACAUGAACAAAACUAGCGCGGGUCAUGCCUAUAAAUAAAUUACGCGGUAAUCAUAAAAUAUUCCCGCCAACGUGAAACGGUGAAAUAUUGCUAAAUAAAAAACAUGUGUGUAAACAAAUAUGCAUGGUGUGCUGUGAAGCAUCAUAAGUCUUAGUCUAUAUUAACUGUGAACUGUGUAAGCCCUUUCGAUACAUGUAAUUGUAAAUUUGUAUUCUUACAGGGCUUGAAAUAACGUUCCCAAAGUUUUCGAUCAUGACUUCCCUGAUUUUUUCAGGUUGGAAACCGAAACCCUGCUUUUCCGCGGAUCAUAAUCAAUUCCAUGCCGAUCAUUGAUCGGUUGUUAUUUCAAGCUGUCUUAACAAUUUUGAAUUGAUACUGAUUUCAAAUGACUAAAGCCAUGUAAUAAUUAUCCCAUGCAACUGUUAGGAAGGGCGAACUUUUGAACGGAGGACAAAAAUCCUAAAGAAAAGGUGAAGUUUCUAAAGGGGGGCGAAUUUCUAAAGGGGGGCGAAUUUCCUAGGAUUUUUGCCCCCCAGGGAGCAAUAUUCCUAGGAAUUUCACCCCCCGGGGGCGAAAUUGUAGGGGGGGGGGGCAAAAAUCCUGGGACACCGGGGCAAAGUUGCCCCGGGGCAAAGUGUUCACAUGAGGAAAAGUUGUCCCGGCUAGGCGAGUGUCCCUGUCUACAGAAGCGAGGCACUCUGGUCAAUUCUUGUCCCGGGGCAAGUAAAAUAUCAUGUGAACAGCACUAUUCUUUUACUAAGGGGCCGAGACAAUUUUUGUCCCGCGACAAUUGCUUGCCGAGACAUAACGCUGUCCCGGUUUCAUGUGAACAGGGGCCUAACUUUAGAAUUAAAAAAAUAUAUUGAUACAUGUAUAAUAUUAAUAUUUAACAUUGGCUUUGUUUUUCAGCCAAUCUGUUCAACUGAUACACAACAUGACAGCUCUUCUGAAAAGUUCGAAAUGUCUAAAAAAGACGUUACCUCGAAGAUUCAAGAAGAACUAAAAUAUGUUGCUCGAAGGAACACUAGCUCUGUUUUGGCAAAAAGACACUUUGACGUGUUGUCGAAUGUUAAUUUCAAAGAGAUUAUUGAGGAAAUGAAACAGCUAUGCCCCACAGUAUACGAAAUUGUUUUUUCUAUUUUGGAAAUGGACAUAGGCACUGAACAGAAGAUCCCAACUAUGGCCUUGGUUUACAGCCUUACAAUGGUUUAAACGUUUUCGGGAAAUGAGUCUGCUGCAAAGAUUGAACACGUUGCUUUUAAUAGAUGGAGAUGCAAAUCAGGAGGUAAAAAAAAAACCCAGCUGACAGCAAAAUGUUUGUAUAUAUAUAAAACAGGUUGCCCUGACACCACUGUACUUUAUUAGUAAAAAAUUUUAUUACUUACAUGCAUUUAAAGCCUGUUUUUAUGUCUAAUUUUCUAGGUUUUGAAUAGAUUGAAUAAGUAUGGAUUUUGUCUGACAUCUCAGAUGAAGUAUCCAAUUCUUGAUGAUAUUGGAAAUCAUUUCAUGGACCAUGCUGUUGAAUUUGUCAAGAAAGGUCAUAAGUUUGUGUAUGUCAUGGACAACAUUGACUGGACAAUUAAAGUUCAUGAGAUGCAAUCUGAUAAUCAAAAUAAAGAUGUACAUGCAGUAGCAACCAGCUUAGUGUUUGACCGAGUACAUAAAAAAGAAUUUUCCAGCAAAGCACCUCAACAGUCUCUGGCAAAUGUGAAUGUCAGAGAGAUUGUCACUCCAACUGCUGAAGAAAUGGCUUGCACUAGGGAACGAUACAAGAUUGUUCUUGGAAAUAUCAUCUGCAAACAUCUACAGCACUUCAUGUCUUUUAAGGACCUUGUAGGUACUACCUCAAGCCUCUAUCCAGAUGAGAUGCAAUCACCAUCUGUCAUCAUUCCUUAUCCAGUUAUGAUGAAAGAUGAGAAGAAAUAUGCAGAACUGGUUGAUGUGUUGGACACCAUGGAGACAUGGAUUCAAGAGCUUUAUUCCAAAGCUGGUAUUACUAGCAACACCAGUGUACCUGUUGUCAUUCCUGGUCCUGCAAUUGGAACAACAUCUCGCCCUGAUCAACCCGGAUCACACAUUCCACGAGACCUACCCCCUGAUGACCCUUUACCAAAGGUUCCAUGUUAUGGUGAUCAGCUGUCAAGAGUCAGACUGGCAGGUGGCAAAGACCUCAGAGCUGGUUGUCUCACACCCAGAGAUAGGCUAAAUCACCUCUAUCCCUUUAGAAUAGCAGACUGGCAUACAAAACAAAGCCUUGUUAAAGUAAGUAUAAAAAAAUAACUUAUUCCAGACCCUUUGCCCCCGGCUAGUAACCUAUUGUGAUAUUUUACUAUCCAUGCCAAACAUUUUACUCUUAGGGAAAAUGAUACCUUAUUCUCUCUAUUAAGCCCCCUCCCACUCCCAUUAGUAGAAUAUUUGUAGUUUUUGAUGAAACAGAAUUAUACUAAUUUUUAUUUUUGGAAAAUUAGGUACGCACUGCGUACCAGUGGUGGAUUUAAGGGGGGAUGCGCACCCCCCCAGGCUCUGGUCAACAGGGCCCAUAGAAAUCUCGCGCCUUUGGCGCUUGUUUCGCCAUUGGUUAGCACCACCCCACCCCCAAAAAAAAAGCUUUGCUGGAUCCACCACUGCUGCGUACAUGAGACUUGAGAGUUGUGUUAUUUUGACAUGCCAAAGUUGGAUUACCUUUUUUUAUACACCCUGUAUAUAUUUGUGUGGCACUAAAAAUUAAUAAAAUUUCAUGUAUUGUAUUUAGUUAAUAUUCAAGAAGUUGUAUAAGAAUUCUGCCCGAGAAGUUGGAACCCUUCGAUACUUCAGAGAAAUGCUCCAGAGAAGGAAUGUCACCAAGGAUGUGAAACACUUUGAAGAAUGUGAAGAAUUAUUUGUUUCGGUUGGCAAGUGUUAUGCUGUCGAGGCUUUGUUAAAUUUCUUUGGCAUGUCUACAGAAAGUGAUCCACCAAGAAAGAAUAGCCCACCUUACCGUUUUAUGUCUUUGGAAGAGCACAGGAUAGCAUACUGGGAUGGAAUGUUGGAUAAGUUCAUCAAUGAGCACUUGAUCACACCUGAUAUCUGUAGAUGGCAACACCAGGCAAGAUGAAACUCCAUCUGUGUUGUCCAGUGAAAGCCCGGAUUUAGUGAGGGAAUAUUCACUUCUAUUGCUGAAGUACUACUUCUUAAUUGCAGACAUCAAAGAUGCUGUUAAGAAAGGGAACGGACAGAGAAUAAACCAACUCCACAAACAACUGCUGCACCACUUUAAGACUGAUUCUGGUACAAUGCAUAUGGGAUUGAAAUGUUCAUUAGCAUUAUCCAAAACGAGGUUCUGCUUUCAGAAGAAGAAGCCUACCAGUGUACUUGGGCAGCAACUACAAACUGGACUGGGGGCAAAGAAAAGAAUUUAGAGAUUGACCUCAUGCAGGAAAAUCGGAACAGGGACUUGAAAAAAUUGAUCAAAGGCAUGGGUGCAAACAAGACAGAUAAGGCGAUCGAGUGUGCAAGCAAAGCAGUAGGUGGUAUUAGGAAGGUGAUCAACUGCCCAUAGUCACAAAUCUUCAUCUUCAGAUGAACGAAAGAUCAUGAAAGACUUGCGAAACUUGAAGCCUUUCACACAUGAGAGUGACAGAAAGCAUGAUGCAUUUCCCUCUGUGUCAUCUGACCCAUCAUGUGAUCUUGAAGAAGUGAAAUUUAAUGACUGGUUGAAACGUCAUACAAAAAACCUCUUGUACAAUGUUCCAACAAUGGAAGCUGAUGUUGAAAGUGAUGAUGAGAGUGAAGGUUAAUAUCUUGCUCCUCAAUUUGUCAGUUUAAUUUGUUGUAAAUGUUCAGAUUAUUUUAGUCAUCAAAACAUUGUUGUUCCUGAUAUGGGUUAAGUAACUUACAUUGUUUUACUGAGCACUAUAUGCAGGGCUCCAAAUGGCAUUUCUCUUGUGCCUGGGGUUAGCCUAAUAUUUGUUUUGUUGCCUAAUUUUUCAAUUUUUUAUUGUGCAAUAAAGCAAUUUUGCAUCAAAUGCAUGUACCGGCCUAAAGGCCCUAAACUAGCAUGUACUAAAAAAGUUUGUGAACCGCUUAUUUUUCAUUAAUCAAUCUAAAGAGUCAAUCUAUACCUUAAAUCUUUGAACGCAAAUUAUUAUAAUGCCAAAUAGGUAUGUUAGGCAUGCAGAUGUUUACUUGGCCGAGGAGUUUUGCUGCUUGAGAAGAUUGAGAACAACCUAGUUUUUAGUGUACAAGGGCCUAGAAACAACCUAGUUUUUUGUGCGCAAGAGCCUGAGAACAACCUAGAGUUAUUAAAACUAGGUUGUUUCCAGUUUCCUCGCAUAAAAAAGUAGGCAAUGACGUCUUGUCACGGUUGGAGGCCAAUGCAUUGACAAUCGUAAUAAGAUUACUGUAAUGAAACAUGAUCUGACUAUCUUGAGCAUUUUAGAUCAGCCGAUAAAUAUAACCUGAUAUGAGACAUAUAAAUGCGGUUGUGAAGGCAAUGCGUAAGCUGCUUAUAAAUUAUUUAAAAAUUCUAAAAUAUAUAAAUUAUUAUGAUAGAUUUCAAUGUACAUUUAACAGUUUACUGCAACCUUUCACUGUCAUUAUUCAAAGCCUAGUUUGUGCUUUGCUUCCUGCCUAAUUUUGGAAAGUUUACAAAAUACAUGUAAUUGCCUACAUUGGAAACUUUCUGAAAGUGGGGUUUCCAGGCUUAAAGGGCCGCAUUUGGAACUCUGCAUAUGUUUUUUAAUUUAUUUUGUAAAUAUUCAUUGUAAAUAUCAAAUGUGGGAAAGUUAAACAUACUGUAAAAAAAUAGAGAAUAUUUACAAACAAACAUGCAGAAUUAUUAGUAUUCUGAUUCUAUGCUAAAUUCAUAUAGUACAAUCAACACAGUCACAUACCAAACUGCAAUUGCUGCAACACAAGUGUCCAACAACCUGUUCUUCAGUUGUAAGUUCUACAUCUAAACAGUCCAAAAGGUAUUUUCUCAUGCAUGAAUGUUCCAAGUGGCAAUAUUCUCUGAUAUCCUCACUGAUUCCUUUCCUGUUUUUGGCAAUGUCACGAUUAUUGUAAAAUAACAACACCCGUGAUGAAGAUCCAUCUCUACCAGCUCUCCCAGUUUCUUGCAUGUAUUCUCGAACAGUUCGGGGUGGUCCAAUGUGGAUGAUGUUUGUAAUAGCAGGUAUAUCCACUCCCAUGCCCAUUGCAACUGUGGCAAAUACCACCCUCAAUUUGGAAUGUGAAUGUCCAAGUUCAUUAAGAAUUUGCUCUUUCAUGGCAGCAGUUUGGGGAGAAUGGAACUGUGAGAACAAUCUAUAUUCUCAGGGAUUGGGUCUGCACCAGUAGGGAAAUAUUGUUCAUGCCCUAAAAUUCUCUCAAACAGUCUAUAUGCAAACCCACACCAUCUCAAAUUUAGGUAAAAAAUCGUCAGUGGAUACUCAAUUUUCUGUGCUAAUAGAUUUUUAGCAAUUGGUGUUAAUAUUUGCUCAUAUGAUUCAAUAUCUGGACCAUUCCGAAAUACUUUUUCAUAGAAAAUAUUUGGUCGGUUAAGGCUUCCUACAACUUCCAGGGGGUUUCUCAUAUGCAAUGUGCCCUUGAUUGCUUCUCGGUCUUUCUUGCUUGCGGUUGCUGAAAGGGCCAGAACAGGAACUGAUGGGAAAAGAGCACAUAGCAUACCAAGGUGGGAAUAAUCUGUUCUGAAAUCAUCACCCCUAAAAAAUUACCAUUUAUUGCCUUUAUUAACAAGAAGUGGCUAUACACAAAUUCAUUUAAACAAAUGGGUAGGGAAAAAUACCCAGGAGCGUACCCUUUAUUGCUGUCUUCUUUGGUCUCUAAUAUCAAAAGCACUCAUCCUUUUUUGCAUGCCAGUAUGCCACAAAUGAAAAACAUACACAAACUUUACCAGUUUAUUACAGGUAGAUUCUACUUACCAUUCCAAAAUGCAGUGAGCUUCGUCGGUGACAAUAGCUUCAACCAAGUUUUGGUAUGGCACAGACUGGAACAAAUUAAAUCCUGCCUUAGACGACAAACAUGCUUCGGGAUGAAGAUACAGGAUAUCGAAUAACGCGUCUUUGAUGCCAGGUUCAUCGACACUAAAAUUAGCACCAAAUUCUCCGUAAUUCUUUUUCAAAAUGGUUGCUUUUAAACACGUACUAUCAUUUAUCUUUCUUAUUUGAUCGUCGACCAGUGAAUUUAAAGGCGAAACAACAAGGAUAAUGGGAGUAGACCAGCUUAAAACAAUUUCCCCAGAUCGCCUUUGUUCGUAGAGGUUCCUCUUGUUAAGCAAUGUUGGCAGCAAUUGAUAAAUCAAAGAUUUACCAUAUCCUGUAGGCAAAACUGCCACAGUAUCUCGCCUAUUAUACAUGGCCUCCAAAGACUUUGUUUGUUUCGGUUUCAGAUUUAUAUUGCUGUAUAAACCACUUUUAAUUACAGCGGAAUGAAGGCAAGACAAAAACAUAUUCGAUUCGUUAUGGAUUUUAUAUUUUACACUCCUGAACAAAUGUCUUCAGCAACAUACAUCACACCUGCGAACAGGCUGUUAAAACCACCCACCCCCACUUAGUAAAGUAAUUGUAUUACGGUCACGUGACCAGCCCAUACCAGGGUAUUUCGCUUCCCAAGAGCAAAUACCCUGGGUACGAGGUUGUACAAGAUCCAUCAUCAUUGCCGGCGGUUUCAAAAACCUUUGUUUUUUUCAUCAGACCUGACGAUUGUAGAAAUUUCUUAACAACAACUGUUUCUGUCACUGUUUUUUUGCUCAUUCUUCAAAGAGGUGAGUAACACUAGCUGUGCCAAAUGUUCCUCUUCCAAUCUCACUAGUAUCAGAAAGAUCAGUCCAUAAAAAUGUUUCAAAACCUUUUGUGAAUUCUUGAUAUGAGACCUUCAAUUUUGAAAAAGAAGGGAGCUUAAACGACAUCUUGUGGUGAAUGCUCUAACAACAAAUCGGAUCGGAACUAACAAAGCAUACCUUUCGCGUUUAUAUGAGCAGGUGUGAUAUGUCAUUUACAUAUCACACUAUUUUAGUUAAAAUGAUUAAAACUAAAAUGCUGGAAGUAUGAAUAUGGCUAUCUCAAAGCCGUAAGUUGUCGCUGUUUACAAAAGGAUUAAAGGAGGUGCAAAGUGUCAAAAUUGACGGGCAUUCUAUAUCAUGAUGAUCCUGAUGAAGAAACUAUACCUGCACAUGCGAUCAACUUUGACCAAAUAUUGAUUGGCCAUCACAAGUUUGCAAGCUACAAUUUUGCACAGAGAAGUAACCUUGAAGCAAGAAAGUAAAGCAUCAAAAGAUCUCAUAAUGUGUACAUAUGAUUAUGUAUAUGAAAUUACUCUGUGAUUCUUGACUUAUAAAGUAUAGCCUAGUAUCAUUUGUGAUGAUUAAAACAUAUGUAGUCGAAACUUGAAUAUAUUAAAAUGUUUCUUUUCUGAGUUGCCAUUGUUUGUAUUUUGUAAAGAUUCUUUGUUAUAAAUUUUUUGAACUUUAGUGAAUUUCAUUUCCAUGUCCACGUUUUCCACCUAACCUGCAUGUCUGUGUUUUCCACCCAACCAAAAGAACCUGUUAAAUGUUACCAAACAUCCUGCUUUUGAUGCUGUUGUAUUACAUCACUGAGUUCUGAAAGUUGCAGCAAAUGAGUUGAGAACAAGGCAGAGUAAAAGGUAUACACAACUUGGCAGCGACGAAAAUGGCUACUUAAGAGGAAUCACUUAUAGGCCGUAGGAUGAGCAUCCAAAAGAUGCUUAGAAAACGGAUUCCGUUGCAUCCCUCGUGUAACUACGUAAUUUUCACAUGAAUAAAUAGAUAAAAACUUACUUUAUCAGAAUCUGUUGCUCCCCAAGCAAAACAGGUGCACAAUCGGGAGAAAAAUCCCUCCACAGUUUGAUAUUUUCGCGCUUCGAAAUAUUCGAACUGCCAUUGUUUUGAUAGCAAAUACAACUCAGCCAAACUCGCACUACGCACAACCAACGCACAUGCUUUGAAGUGGAAACACGCUCAGUUAUGCAAAUAAAUCAUGACUGAAGAUAUUUUUGUGUUUUAUGCAUUUUGAUGGUGUUACGGAGCAACUUUGUAAAGUUACACGCCAAAGGCUUACGAAAUUUCUUGAGUGUAGGUCAAAAUGGGGCCAACCUUAAAUGUCAACAAGCUGAAGAAUGCUGAAGAACCCUGACACCAUUAUCUUAGAAUGGUACCAUCAUAUGAAGUGCUGGAAGAGAUUUUGUGAUGAAGAGAAGAUCCGUAGACAACAGAGAAAAGAAGAAAAAAGAGAAGGAGCUAGCUCUAAAACUGUAACUUCUACCGAUGAAUCACACAUGGAAGUGGAGCCAAUAGAACCAAGGCGAAAAAUUACACAUCGAUCAGUCUCAGAAGCUAUAAAUAAGGCCCCUUCCUAAAAGAAACGAGCAUGUACUCCCAGAAAUAUGUAUUAUUUGUGGAAGAGACACCUUGUGGUUCUCACUAGACAAGGAAUGGUCAUUUUGAUAGGUAUAAUGCUAGCUCAAUGUGCACAACAUUCUCGGGUUUGGUUUUAAAAUAUAUUGAAUUGUGACCAAUUAAGAUUAUUUAGGGUAAAGUAGUUUCUAUGCUACAAACAUCCAACCUUGUUAUUACCAGAUAUUUAGUUUAAUAAUUUUGUUUCACACCAGGUAACUAAGAAGAGAAGAAGAACCCCACUCAUGUUGGCAGAAACAAUUGAUGCUGGUCUUCUAUGUACAGCUGCCGAGAGAAAGAAUGAUGAACGGAUACUCAUGCAAAUCCAGGGAAAGACUGUGUAGCUCUGGAAGUCUGCUAUCACAAAGUUUGCUACUGCAAUUAUACAAUAUUUCUCACCAGAGAGACAAAGAAGCAAUCGGAGACUGAAAGAUCUACAUCAGUGUACGAGAAGUCUUAUGAUGUAUUCUGUAUAAGAAAGUAAUCGAGACGGAGGUCAUCGGAAAUAAGCAAAUAAACUAUAUGAAAGAUUUGCUGGAGAAAUUUGUUAUCAUUGCCAAGGACACUGAGAAUGUGGACACAUCUGAAUAUAGAGCUUUUAAACUCAAGCAAUGACUGAUGAAAACUUAUCCCCCAACUUGUGUUCUGUGUACCGAAAAUAAGAAAUGUUAGUGAGAUUGUAUAUGUGAAACAUUUGGAUUCUUCUGUAUUGGUUGAGGAACAUAUGUCAAUUAAAAAGGUGAGGACUUUGAUGAAGAGAGCUGUACCAUUGAUGAUGAUAAUGUGAAUUCCAACACAGAAACUGAGGGAAAUUGUAAAGUCAAUGAGUUACAAAUUCUAUACAAUGCUGCAUUGAUUCUUUGUCAAAAGGUGCAAGAAAUAACUGAAUCUUCCUUGGCCACCAUUGGCAUCUGAUUUGACAAUGGGUAGUAUUUCAAAUCUCUGACUAUGAGGACUAGACUAGAUUUUCAAGUCCAUGCAAUUUGAUCACGUCCGAGGUGAAGCAGAGGACUGGAUCAAAAUGCGAGGACUUGAAAUCUAGUCCAGUCCGAAUUGGAGGAUUUGAAAUGACAUCUCAUUCCAGUCCAAGGACUGAAUUAAUUUUAAUCCAGUCCUAGGACACUACAGGAUCAAUAUACUUCAUAAGGUGUCCAGUAUUAUCAUGUGCACAAAAUAAAGCAAUAUGGUUGGCUAAUUUGCUCAUGAAUUAUUAAUGAUUUGAGGUGAACAAUGAUGGUAAUGCACAUAGGUAUUAUCAGUGCAGUAGAUCAGUAUUUAUUUACUUAUUCGAUAUUCUCAUUCGGAUCCACGGUAUUUAUAUUAUCAACACGUAUAUCCCUCUCAUGGACAGGGUUAACAAACGCACAGCAGCAGAUCUAUAAGAAAAAGUCAACCAGUGUGGACACGAAAAACCAGGUUGAAUCAUUCCUUGUUAUUCUAGAUAGUGGCUAAAUACCAACUUAUGUCACAAUAUAAAUAUAAUAUAUGUAAUAGUUCAAAUACGAGAAGUAGAACUUUACCAGACAAAAGCCAGGACAGCUUAUUGCAGAAUACAUGCAAUCUCAUUUUGAGUGUGUAUGCCCUUGGUCAGGAUCCAAUUAGUGGGAUUUUAUUGCCCCGAUGAAAAUCUGGGUUCAAAGAUGAAAACAUUUCUUUCAAUUAUAGAUAGUUAUAAUGAAAUUAUGGAUUUUAUAUUUUCUCCCAAUUUAUCUUUUUUUAUGAUGGAACGCACAGUUUAAAAAGUGCCAAACAUCUUGCAUAGUUAUUCAGUACUACAUUAAAGAUUCAAUCAGAGGUUUUCAGGAGUUUAUAUAAAUAUCCCUUAAAGCCCGGGACGAACUGGGAAACACUGUUGCCAUAUUAUUCAUCAAUCUUUCAGUAUGUCAUAUUGUCUUAUCAGCGUUAGCAAACAGAUAAAGAGUGUUUCAUCAAAUGCUUCUCAAUUUGGUAGGAAAUAGUUUGCUUUAUGGGAAGCAAAUUUUGCUUCUGCAAUAAAAGCCAAUGUUUCUCAGUGGCAUAGCUAGCGGUCCCGCUGUCCCGCCGGGCAGGACUAGAAUUUUUUUUAAAAAUGAGGAAAUGUUUUAUAGUGAAGCCAAAUUAACAGCUUUUCUUAUUCUGAAAAUUUAUAUAACUAUGAUCAUUUUUCAGUGUUUUUAUUUAUUCAUUUAAAGUUUACGCAAUGUUGCUAUCUGCUCUUUGACCUCUGAAACCCCAAAUUAGCUCAUUUCCACGCAAUUGAUUGCUUACUCGCGCAAUUCGUGAAUCGCAUGUCUCGUGUUCUGUGUGAUUUUCAUAUGGCGGGAUAUACAAUACUAUUUUAUACAAGAAAUUCUGGUUUCUGAUUGGAUAAUUGGCGCAGCGCAUGCUCAGAACGGCUGUUUUUAAUGCCGAAGUCCCGCUAUUUUAUAAAGGCGGAGGUUGUCAACUCAAUUCCAUAUAUUAAAGAACUCUGCGAGUAUUUGCAGUAGAAAUACGAAAAUACCACCAAAAAAUUCCGCUUGAAAGAUACUAUGUAAUUGAACAAUGUAAAAUAGCCAUAAAUUAUAAACUAGCCAUACUCGAACAAUGUAAACUAACCAUACCUAUAUACACUAUACUUGAACUGAUGUAAACAAUGUAUCACUAUUAAGCCAUACCUUUCGCCAAAAUUAUAUAACUGGUAUUAGUCUUGUUCGAAUCACCAUCUAACAGACUAUUUCAAGCUUGUAUCUGCAGAUUUGCAUCUUUUAUUUCGGUAUUUCGAAAUAUCUAAAGUUUACGCGAGAGCUUUGACCGGAGGUUCAAGUUCAAAUAUCUAAAACAAUGCUAGCACUCGGGAAACGUCGGAAAUCGAUUCUAAAGGUCAAAUUACCUGUGUAGCGUGAUAAUAGCAAGCCAAAAUAUUCCUGUUUAAAUAGAGAUGUAUUGAAACUUCGGCGGGACGAUUAUUUUGAGCCAGCUAUGCCACUGAUGUUUCUUAACAUUGUUUAACAUAAAAGACAAUGUUUCUUACGUUUGGCCAAGGCUUUAAGUUUAGUGAAAUAUUUCAUUUGUUCCUUGAUUGUGUGAAUUGUAUGUAUAUAUAUUUUUUAUUCUCCGUCCUGUUUGAUACAGGUGGGUUUUUUACCUCAAAAAAAUUUGUAUUGAAUUAGGAUGUUAAUAUAAAGUAGAAUUAAACGUUAAAACGGUAUUUUGAAACAAUAGCCAAAUGAAUUGAAGUGAUUUAGCAUAUGAGCAAACAAAAUAUACAAUGUAUAUAUGCAAAAGGCUGCUGGGAGUAGCUAACAAAUUAAUGAAUUUUCAAGGCAAUUCCUCUCCAGCAGCCUUUUGCGCCCGUAUUUGACUUUUCCGCUUUGCUUGUGGACAACCUUAAUUGAAAUAGCUGUAUACACAACAAUUCGAACAUGGUUUGCAAAUGAGAAAAAUACAGAAUAUACUGGAUAUAAGUCUGUAGAAGAGAGGUAGAUGAAGUUUGUGAUUUUACAACUCUAUUAAAACAGCUUUUACAUCAGUUUUGAGACAUAUUCAACAAUUAUUAAACUUGUGAUAUUUCACAAUGAUUCAAGAAAACAAAUUAACCACUAGUCACAUAUUCAUCAUGCUAAUAUAUUUCAAAACUGGUGUAAAAGCUGUUAUAAUAGAGUUGUAAAUCAAACUUCAUUAGAGGUUUGACGUACUAUUUAAAAAAUGAGCAAGAGUUUUAUUAGGUUUAAAGCCAUGAGCGUGCAGCAUGAGUGGCUUUAGACCUAAUAAAACACGACCUUUUAAAUGGUUUCAAAAACGUUUGCAUAAUAAGUCAAAUCUGAAUAUUAAUUGUAAACAAUAGAUACAUUCAGGUAAUAGACUUCAGAUAUGAAAAAUCUUUAUAUAAAAAUCUUUAUAUAGUUUGCAUAACAAUCGUCUUUUGUAUUAUUGCAUAAUGAAGUGUCCUUUAGCUGGUAUAAAGACUAUAUGCACAUGACUAAUUUCUUACUCAAGAUUGGAUUAUUGCUUCAUGAAUUACUGAGUUUUUGAAGCUUGUCGUAAACGUCAAUCUAAAACUCUCUAGUAUCUCCGGAAUGUGGGGCAUUUAUAAAUAUUUGAACAAGCUGUCAGUUAAAUCCCCACCCUGUCACAAGUAGAAUGAGGGGUCGGGGUUUGCAUUUACAUGUGUAAAAACACACAGCUUGUAACAAGUCUGUUCACAAGCUGUCAACAAGUUGUCUUCACACUGCUUGUUCCCAACCCAUUUAUUAUAACAAGCUUGAUGGUAUUAUCAGGUUGUUCUAACAAGUUUGACACAGUCAUGAUAUAACAAGCAUGUUACAAGGUUGUCAACACAAGGUUGUAACAAAUUGUUAUAUCAAGCAUGUAACAGACUUGUCAGAAUAACUUGUAACAAGGUUGUUAGUUGUCAACAACUUGUUCCAAAACUGAUGACAACUUGUAACAAGCAGUGCAAAGACAAACGUAUUGACAAACUUUGUUACAAAAUGUGAGAUAUUUGUGUGUGUACUCAUGCACAACAUAAACUAAUCACCAUAAUGUCAAUUAAACAAAAUUACAUGCAUAGAACAGUUCAUCAGUUACUUUUGAGUUUAAAUUAGUAGCAUUGUCCAUGCUUGUGCGCCCUUUCAUGGGUUUUUUGCACUUUGUACUGCGCUGUCUCUUUGGUACGUUUGUAGGUUCUGGUCCAGAAAAGUCCUUCUUGAACAUUCACCAUUGUCAAUCCGACUCCCCCAUGAUGUGUGGACUUGUGUGCAUGUUCGACGAAUUUUCUUGCCAGCAAUGAUGAUUUGGGAAUGUAGACCGGAUAAAAGCCCUAAACUCUUCCUCUGCACUCUAAAACACUGUCCUCAUUUAAUUGUAAAUUAAGUUGCAAUUGAUCUCUCAUAAAGGUUUUGUCAACUUGUUGAGCUUUCGUGAUCAAACAAAUUUCAGCUUUCUCUAAAUCACUGGUUGCAAGUGGGCCUUCAAUUCUUCUUUCUGUCACACCAAAUGUUUCCAAGGAACUGCAGCAAACUUAGAGAGCUAGUUCCCGCUCAUCCUCUUCUUCCUUGGCCAAUGCAAACAAUUGCUUUGUUAGCUUCACUUCAACAUUGGAGUUGUCCUUUGAUCUGGUGGCCAUUCGUUAGGUUUACUUAGCCAGUCAGGACCCUUCCAACUCAUCUCCCACCAUGGCUUGUGAAAUCAGCAGGAUUUUCUUUGCUAGGUACAUGUCUCUGUGUUACUCCUUCAUGCUCACGAAUUUUGUUGAUACAGUUAGCUACGAAAGUUUUGUACUCUCCUUCUCCACAGAUCCAGUGUAGUGCGACACUGUUAUCUAACCAACCAACAAGGGAUAUUACUGGAAACCCUUCCAAAGCACUACACACGUUGUUAAGUAAAUUCACCUCCAUAUGUUCCGAGGCCAAUUCUUUCCAGGGGAUUGUUAAGUCCUGCUUCACGAAUCUUGCUUUCGCACAAACGAGACCUUGAUUUACUUGAGAUUGUUGAGUGAUCACAGAAUACACUGCUGCACCUACCCCAUGACCACUCGCAUCACCAAAGGCGUAAAGUGUUAUGUCCUGAAUAGGUUCUGGAGCAAGUGGUAUAGCCUUGACUUGAAGAGGGAGGUGAUUUUCCCACUUGUGCCAACGUUUAGUAAAUUCGUCAGGCAGUUCUGAGUCCCACUUACACUUUUGCUCACAAGCCUCACUACUGUCUGAUUGUUCGUUUUGUUCCAAGUCUUUGACAUUUGAUUGACAUUUGAUUGCCACUUGUGUAAAUGGAAUGACGCUUCUUUAACUAUUUUGACUGAGGCUUCAGAAUCUCAUGCACCUCUUCUACUGAAGUCCCUCCAGUUACCAAGUCAGCAUGCUUCUUCAGCAUGCUUAGGGUACUUCUCUUUACUCGCAUUCAUUGGGGAUCCUUAUCUUCCAACCAGUGAAAUCUCAUUGCAUGUUGAUGUUCUGUUCCAAUACGUACUUGAAAAAAUGCUUUGCCAAUGUCACCACCAUUAAGUGCAACAGGAUGGAAACGUCCUUGAACCAGAACCUUGAAAACUUUAUUCUGUAAGGGUGGACCCGUGUUCUAACAGUCACUAGGGAUGGUUGGAAUCCUGUUUUUGAAGACACAUCGUAGACUUUUCGCGUUUUUGUGGAUUCUGAUGAUUCACCCACAACCAGAUGAUGAGGUAAAUAGAACACAGUUCCAGUUAGUGGCCAUUUGCAUUUUCAACAACUCCUUUAGGUUGAUCUUGAAUAAUUGAAUUGUCUUCAUUGAAUUUGUCAGUUUUCUUCAGUCACAGCACCAAAGUCCCCAAAUGUUUCAAACUGUUCUCAUCAUUUGAGGGCAAAGGCAGAUGGCCUCCCUUCCAAGGGAUGGCUGCCAAGUCUCAUACCACCCAUGUACAGGAUCAUGCCGAAGCUGUUCCAAAAACUCUUCAUGUACAACUUUCUGGUCUUCAGAUGGUGUGUCUUGAAUACCAAGAACAUCGAUGCGACAAAGUUCCUCACAAUCAGAUUGAGCAGUUUGAGCAAGAAAGAUAUUGUCUAAAUUGGGCUGAAAUCCUGGUGACAUAAUUGACCAGCCAAACUGAGUGAACUCCGCAACAGGGUCCCCCACUUCACCAGUUCUUUGUGGUUCACUAGUUUUGAUCCUUGAAUAUUUUGCUGCCCCCAAUAUGAGGUGCACUGGAAGGACUAAUUUGGUAUCUGUUUCCACUAUACUCAUUCCUUCUAGGUGUUGGAACUGACUAAUCAACUCUGGGUAAUUUGGAUUCACAACUGACAAGAGAUUUCUGCUGACAACCUUUGUUACAUUCACUGGGAUAACAAAGUUUCCUUCUGUGUUGCUAACUUCAAGAUUGUACAUUUCAACAUGCUUUGCUAUUAUCCCUGUGAUGGUUUGAAUACACCAUGUCGAGGUAUUAGAUGGAUGAUCUUCAUUAGGCUGAGAAGAUAUGCAGAUGCAUCAAAUGAAGUAGCUCCUGUGUCCAGUAGUGCUCUACAGGUGAUGCCAUUUGCUUUGGUGGUGGGAGUGGGGUGACAAACUUUUUGCGCUUGGGUGGAGGUUUCUCUAAAUUGUCACAAAUUGAUGAAUGAUGUUUUUUUUCUUGCCGUGAAAACAGGUAACUUUACUUCGACACUGUGCUGCAUGGUGUCUGCCACUCAUACAAUUAAAACAUAACUUCUUUGGUUGUAGGAUUCAUUUAUGCUCAGUUGGUGUAACCACCUUCUUACAUUCAAACAACUUGGGCUGUUCAUCAUCACGGUAAACACAACCCUUUGGUGUUGAGGAAUCCUUGGAGAAGAACAUGUGGUUGCGGUUGUAUAGGUCCUAGGGUUAUGUUUGGUUGAACUUUGCUUUCCAAUUUUCCAGAAAUUUGAACAAACUCGCAAUUCCCCAAUCUUGCCAUCUAACCUGAUUUGUGACCAACUCUGCCUUAAUACCAGGUAAUUUCUCUCUAACACCCUGUACCAUUGACAAACUGCAAUGGUUUACCUAAUGUUUCUAAUGAUUACACAUUGUAGCUCAGAUUCUUGAUAAAUUCAUGUAUCUUGUUUAUUUUCCUGCCAGUUAUUGUAGGCAACUCUUGUAUGUUUUUUACAUAUGCCCUAACAAUUUCACUUGUAUGCCCAUGAUUAGUUUUCAAAAUGUUGUUAACACGGGUGUAACCCUCUAUGGUAAAGGGUAGCCCAUCAAUCUCGUCACACAAAGGGGGCUCUAAUAGUUCCUUUAGGUAACAGAACUUGGUUACAGCUGGGAGGACUGUAUUGUCUAUUUCAGCUUCAAAUUUAUUCCAGAAAGACACCCAUCUUUCAUAUGCACCAUUGUACUUUGUUAUUACUAACUUAGGCAUUUUAAAGUGCCUAUGUCAUGAUUUGGGAUUUUAAAUAUUUUUAUCUUUGGUGCAUUUUAUGAAGAAAAGUAAUAUAUCUUUAUAAGAAAAUAUACCAUCUUCAUAGGAUUAUCAACCUUCAAAGUUACUGGAUAUGACAACAAAUUGGGAAUUUUAUAUGCUAGCAACAAAAGAAAUCUAAUUUGCAAUUCCCGGUUUGAUGUCAUAUGGCCGGAGAAUCCUGUGAAGAUGGAAUAUUUUCUUUUAAAGAUAUAUUGCAUUUCUUCAUAAAAUAUACCAAUGAUUACAAAUAAUAAAUUACACAAAUUAUGACAGGCACUUUAACACUGCUCACCUUUGCUUGUUCUGCCUUUUUUGACUUGACACUAACCGAACCCAAGCUAGCCAUUUGUUCCAAUUUACAUUUUUCGAAAUACAGUUCUUCAUCCUGUUGUUGUUUUAGCAAUAUUUUGCACUUUUCACAUUUCUCGUUCUCAGUCUUCGCCUCAGCUUCUGUUAAAUAUUGAUUUAAGUAUAAUAUUUUGCAAUCUGUCUCAUCAAUGUCCCAUUUGAUAUCAACUCCCCAAUUUUGAACAUAUUUGAUCACUUCCCUGUCUUGUAGUUUGUCCUUUUUGCCUUUUACUUUAAGCUCUUCUAAUUCUUUUACAAUUUUCCCCAACGCUUCUUUAUGUCGAAUGAUUUUGUCAAGAUUUCCCUUCUCUAGAAUUGCUUUUGUUUUGCUUUGGGUGCGUUUUAAUAGCUGUCGCUCAGUGUCUAAAUUAUCGCUCCUUUUAUCCAUUUUAUCUUUUAUUUUCUGGGUUCUGUAGCUGACAGUGGCCGGUACGUGUCACUACAUAAACAAGUAUCAAAACACACAUUACAAAAUCGAAUAACGCCAACCAGAAUAAACUACGCAUUUCAAAAUGCUCACUACACAUUACAAAAUGCUCACUACACAUUUCAAUAUACUCACUACACAUUACAAUAUACUCACUACACAUUACAAUAUACUCACUACACAUUUCAAAAUGCUCACUACACAUUUCAAAUUCUCACUACACAUUUCAAAAUUCUCACUACACAUUUCAAAAUGCUCACUUCACAUUUCAAAAUUCUCACUACACAUUUCAAUAUACUCACUACACAUUUCAAAAUUCUCACUACACAUUUCAAAAUUCUCACUACACAUUACAAAAUUCUCACUACACAUUUCAAAAUUCUCACUACACAUUUCAAAAUUCUCACCACACAUUUCAAAAUUCUCACUACACAUUUCAAUAUACUCACUGCACAUUUCAAAAUGCUCACUGCACAUUACAAAUUGCUCACUACACAUUUCAAUAUGCUCACUACACAUUUCAAUAUUCUCACUACACAUUUCAAAAUACUCACUACACAUUACAAAAUACUCACUACACAUUUCAAAAUGCUCACUACACAUUUCAAAAUGCUCACUACACAUUUCAAAAUUCUCACUACACAUUUCAAAAUGCUCACUACACAUUUCAAUAUGCUCACUACACAUUUCAAAAUACUCACUACACAUCAAAAUGCUCACUACACAUUUCAAAAUACUCACUACACAUUUCAAAAUACUCACUACACAUUACAAAAUAUAUCUCACUACACAUUUCAAAAUUCUCAGUACACAUUUCAAAAUACUCACUACACAUUUCAAAAUUCUCACUACGCAUUUCAAAAUACUCACUACACAUUUCAAAAUGCUCACUACGCAUUUCAAAAUACUCACUACAUAUUUCAAAAUUCUCACUACACAUUUCAAAAUAUUUAUUACACAUAUUUUCAAAGUACUCACUACAUGAUUGAAAAUAUUCACCACACAUUGUCCUCAGGUUCACUGAUACUGGUUAAAAAUGGGCGGGAAAGGGUAAUGUUCUGAAGGAAUUUCCAGAAAAUAUGGUGAUUUUAUAGCAAGAACAGAGAAAAAUAUUUUUGUAAGUAUCAAUGAGCUCUAUACAGGGGGAGAGAGCAUUUUGUCCCCCCCCCACCCAGCUCAACAAGGGCCAUCAAGGUUCAUAACCUGAUUUGUUAAUAGAAGAUUGCUUAACCUGAGAAUAUAUGUUCUAGCUGAGUCAGUGCCGGAUAAUACGUAAAGCACCGCGGAAAUUUAUGACAUUAUGGCGGGCCGCAAAUUCUUGCUCCAGAUAUAACCACAGUUUAUAGACUAAGAUGGUUGGGCUAGCCGGCAAACUUCAAAGGCGGCGGCAAAUUAUGUUGGGGAUCAAAGGAUAAAAAAGUCACGUGUCCAUGAAGCGGUACGCUGCGUGCGUUUUUAUAUAGUUUUCUAUUAGGAAAAAUCAAAUAUCUGGAUAAAAUAUCUGGAUAUCUUUGUUUGAGGAGGGUCAUUUAAUAGGUUUGUUAUCGUUAUUGUCUGGCAAGUUCGUCGAGAAGGAAACAGUCUUUUACAAAGCAAAAUGAGCGAAUACGACUGCGAAAAUGAAGCAAGCAUUGGAAGGCUCGAAGAGAUCGAUUUAUCUGAUGACGAUUCAGACGACAGUUUCAACCUUUUGUUUGAUGUUUUGGUGGCUCAAAAGUCUAUAAACUGUGCUCAAACGGAGACAAAUGAAAUUGACAAUGCGUUCAAUUAAGCUGCAAACGAAAUCAAAGGCAAGAAGCCAUUUGAGUGCGAAAAUGCGGUAAAAUAUGCGAAUCGAAGGUGCUCUUUUAAUAUACAAGGUGUACAAAUUCUAAACAUGCCGAGCCCAAGACUGCCGAGGUAUACAAGGACAAUCUAGACAAAGAUACAGUUGAUGGCUUUGUUGAAGCAAUCAAAGCUAGAAUUAUAAACGAAGGUCUAUAUGGCAACGAGAGUUCCAUUGCAGCACCGUUUACUGCUCUGUUUCCUAUGUACGAGAUAAUUUGGAAGGAAAAGAAUCAGGACAAGUUGCUCGAAACCUUUUAUGGCUCAAUUCCUCCAUUGGAAAAGUUGUUGAAGUGUGAUGAUUAUAGAAUAGUGAACUUAGUACUGAUUCAACUGCCUGUUUUUUUGUUUGGUAUCUAUAAGACUUCCAGAAUCAACAAAACGCAAGACGACACGCUAGCCACACUUGAACCCAGCUGAAUGCCGACCAUUGUCCUACAUUGCUUUGCACAAGCCCACUUCUGCGGUUCUAGCAAGAAUAAAAGUCUUUGCAUGACUUGCAAUAAGGCUUGAAUUUCAUCGUUGGACUGGCCUUUCGUUGUUCGGUUUUGUGAACAAGCUUUACUCGCAAUAUAUCCAUAUUUUGAUUAAAGCUUGUUCACAAAAACAAAUGAAAGAAAGCCCUGUCCAACAAUGAAAUUCAAGCCUUAUUGCAAGUCAUGAAGUCAACUGAAGCGACAAAUACUUUUAUUUCUGCUCGAACCAAAGGUGGGUUUGUAUGCCAUUGUGACGACUUAAUUCAUAUUGUUGAAGUUUCUGAGUUACUUUCAGAGGUGAAAUCAACAAGAUCAAUGACAAUGAUACAUUAAUAAGAAGGAUACCUAUAGCCUAGGCUAUACAGAAAGUUCCUAUUUGCAAUUCAGUGCUCUCCUCUCCUGUUGUGAAGUGAUUAUUGGAGAACAUUGUUUUGUCUUCUGGCGUUGACAGUUCAUCUGCAACUCCAAAAUUCUGCUUGGAAGAUAUUGUUAAAACUCUAUUUAAAAGUUAGAUCUUUUUCAUAUGUACUUUAAAGUACAAAAUAAAAGAGAAGCAAAAAAGACCAAAGGCAAAGCGCUCAGAAAGGACUUGAAUAGGAAGUAACUGUUCCUGUAAAUAGUAUCUGUAAAUAUCCCUAUUUACAGAUAUAUUAAACAAUAACAACAGUGUAUAUUUCUCUAGUUACCUUCCUAUCAUGUAUAAUUAUGUCGUAUUGACUUUUGUAAUACAUAAUGGAAAAUAUAAAGAUACACUCAAUAAAAGCACACAGUUUCUCAAGACUGUUGUGUAUACAACUUUUUGUCGCGACUGUGGCAAUACACUGAUAUUUGAUUCUCAUCGUGUUCGCAGCUGUUUUCACUCACAAUAACAUCUUAACUGAUCCAUGUUUCCGUUUAAAUGACGUUUUAAAUUUGUAACAUUUUAGAUCUCUUUGAAUUGUUCUCCAGAAGCAAAAAUGCGAUUUGUGCGAGAUAUUUUGACCCCUCCAUAUCGCCUUUAUUUUUCGUUUUUACACCCUCAUGUGUUUCAGAUAAUGAUAUUUGCAACUCAACGUACUUAACACGAACCAUCACAAACAUAUGCUUUGAAUUAAUUUCGUGAGACAAUCGGAAAAACGUCAUUUUAUCUGCAAAUAUGAUCCACUCAUAUAGAAAAAUAUACAAUGUUUUGAAACAGCAUACCGCUUUCUUGUCACGUGACGCAAAUAAAUUGAGAACAAUGACAUAUUCUGUGACGUCAGCAGCUAGCCCAACCAUCUUAGUCUAUAAACUGUGAUAUAACAUAUAACAGCUAGAGCCUCGAGUCUUAUAAUAAUGCACCUAUUAUAAAGUCAAAGAUGGCGGAAAUUGACGUUCAGUGCCAGCGGUAGCAGCUCAUUUCAAUUGUUUUUUUUUCCAAAUGUUUGUAUUUUGACUCCAUUAUGACUUAGAAUAAGGCCACUAAUAAAAAAAAACUUGGUUAGCGUCACCGCCCGCCUCUCGAUUUCUGCCGCCUCUGAAUAUUUUUUAAAUUAUUUUUUUCACGUAAAUCUCUUCGUUUUUCAGCUUAAAACAGUUUAACAUUUGAAAUUUUUCUCAUGCUCAGACCUUCGCGCUAUAUACUGAUCGAUAGGAGCGCGUGGUCUUGGGUAUACAAGGUCAGUUAUACUUAUAGCAAAAUGGCGGCCUUCACAACAUCAGUACAAAAAAUUUCACCGAUGUGGUGGAAAAACCGCCCCCAUCCCCCCCAAAAUACUAUUAAAAAUUUAAAGAGUAAAAAUUUAAAAAACCCGCCCGCCUCUGAGAAUUUGUGAGAGUGUGACGCUAACCAAGUAUAUUUUUUUUUAUUUGGCCUAAUAUUAGACUUAAAGAAUACUAAUAGUAUUGUUUUAUGAGCUGAUAACUUGAGUAGCGAUACGAUACGAUGAAAACUGUUAGCGUUGAGACCUGAUCGAUGACGUCUAUUUAAGUGAGUUCUUUUUCCAAACUGCCUGAAGACCCUGGGCAUGAGCUCCACUUUUGAAUUUUGCUAUAUGAGUAAAUUGUUAAACACGUCCGAAAUUAUCAAUACAAUAAAUUGGCGACACAUGCUGAGCUAACCCUAACAUAAUCUUAAUCUAACCCUAAUCUAAUGCUAAUCUUCAUCUGACACUAGUCUAAACUUGGUGACCUUUUUUUCUAAUUUUAGUGCGAUUACAUUUAUAACAAAAGUUUUGUCUAAUGCUUGUGGUUUUAUGUGGAUUUGAGAAUUUACUGUAUUGAUAAUUUCGGACGUAUUUUAACAAUUUACUCAUAUAGUAAAUUCAAAGGUGGAGCUCAUGUUACAACGGAAAGUAGGAAAUGCCAAGUCAGCCAAGUGGAAGCAUUGUCACCAAGGCAACAAGAAGCACAUUUUUCUUUGGCGCCAUUUUACAGUUGCCAUGUUUUAUUCAUCUUGUGGAAACUUCACAAAACAAAUGUAUUUUGCCCUACUUGUGGCACUAAAGUUAAUCGCUCGGAAUCUCAAUGUUAAUAGAAAGAAACAACUUCCACUAUCUUUUAGCGAUUUUAAAGCAAGUAGGGAGAAAGGGGGAAGCAUUUUCGUCCUUCCACCAGAAGCAAAGCUGCAAAAAGGAAACUUGUUUCGAACGAGGAUCCUAAUGAAACUGUUAAGAUAAAUGUAGGAAUUAUGUUCUAUGAUGGCCAAGAACUAAAGAAUCAACGUGGCAAAUCGCUGUUGCUAUCUUUGAAGAAAUCUGCCAAUACGGAUGAUCUUCUUAACGCUGCCCUCAACAAACACAAAGCACAUUCCAAAAAUCUUAUUAAGCCCAAUGCUAAGUAUGUAAUGCUAUAUCCUGAUGGCUCAAAGGUUUCAAAACUAAAAGAGACUGAUGAGGAUUUUAUAUUGCAUAAGUACAAGAUGGAGUGCAACAAACCGUACCACCAAAUUACUUUCUUCCUCUGUCAAGAGUUUGACCACUCAAUGGCUUCUUUACAACAAUGCCUGUUUGAUGACAGUUCUGGUGAUGAUUUGUCGAAAUAUGAUGAAUUAACGCAGGAAAAAAGUGAACCAAAGUCAAGAAAGUUGAGUAGCGAAGAUAAUCUACCAAUUGAAAUUGACACUCCAAGCACAAGUUCAGCAGGGACGAGCUUUCCGGUUGAUUUAUGCUCAGACAAUGGCAAUAGAAACAACGUGCCUGUCAGUGUCACUGUAGAUAGUCAGGCUGGUUCUCAAUCAUCUGAUAAUAACUGUCACCUGAAUUAUAAUACCCUGUGUGACAUGUUUCCACAAGUAGAUGAUCAUAAGAUACAGGGAGCCUUAACUAUUGCGGCUGGAAAUAUUGAGGUCGCUGUUAGUCAUAUUUUGGAAGUAACAACCCUUCAAACAACACCUCAACAGGUGUAUGCUUCAUUUGAAUUUUGCAAUAACAUAGACAAUGAUGAAGAAUUUAGAGAAUGGGAUGUUGAAGAUACUACAGAACAUGAAUCAGGAGCAGACAUUGGCAAUGAAGAGCCUGUUGCUGACAUCAUUAGGAGGUUGGCUGAAGAGAAGCUUACAAAAGAUAAAGAUUGUACAUUACGAGUGAAGGUAAUUUACAUGGUUUAGAAUUUCUUUUUUUUAUAAAUUAAUUGGGAAUAGAAUAUGUUUUAUCCGAUAAUAUGAAAUUUAUUUUGAGUGUAAAAUGAUUGUACAUCAUAUGAUAAAAACGAUCAAGCAAACAGUAUAUCGUUUUUGCAACACUCAAAUCAAUUUCAUAUACUUAUUCUUUGCAUGCCCUGCAUAGGGGUGUGUGGUGUGGUGUGAAUGGGGUACUAGAAAAUCCGCCAGUCUGCCGAAAUUUGAAGCGAAAUCCACCAAUCGUACCAAUGGUCUUGUCUAAAUUUGGAUCCCCUAAAAGCUCUACUAUGAACUCACAAUCCAGGAUCCAAUCUAAAUUGUAGGCAAAAUCCACAAUCUGAGCCAAAAUAUUUUAUCAAUCCACUGUAUUAAUAAAAUCCGCAAAUCUGUGUAAAAUAUUCCCUAGAUCCAAAAUCCGAACAAUUUUUUCAACUGAAUCAGACGAUCCGAAAACCUAUUCAACCCCCCCCCCCCCAUAAGGUGUUGUUCCAGGAUUGGCAUAUAGAACUGAGCUAGAGUGGUAUUAUGCAUGUGUACACAAAUACACUCAUACCGUAAACCUCCGACUAUAAGCCCCCCCAACGUGAAUAAGCCCACCACAUGUACUAACGCUAACCUUGUUCCAAAUAUAAGCCCCCCCUAUAUAUAUAAGCCCACCUGAAUAUAAGCCCCCCGAAUAUAAGUCCCCUGAAUUAAUAUAAGCCCAGUAAUCACUGCUUAAUAAUACAUGUUUAUUUUCCUGUUUAUGACUGACUUGUUUAUGUCGGACUUGUUUAUUACUAACGUACCAAAGAUUGUCCAUGUAUAAGCCCCCCCCCCGUAUAUAAGCUCCCUCUUGUAUAAGCCUAUCAAAAAUCGCUUAUGAAAGUGUAUAAGCCCAGGGCUUAUAGUCUGAGUAUUAGCAGGGAUUUAUACAAGCAUUUUAGUCUACCACCAGUUUUUUCAUAGGAAGUUUUAGUAGGCGAGCACUUCCAUCAAACCACACUCCCAUUCACUGGAAAAUUGUUGACUGGAAAAUUGAUGAUUUUGUCUAUAAAAUAAGUUAAACAUUUCCCGGCAGCAUUGAGACAACACUUUUGAACAAAAGUGUAACUGUUUUAAAAAAGGUUUUUAAUCACAUACGGUAUUGUGGAAGCAUAUAUACAAGGUGUGUUUCAGUUAUCCAGAUAUUAUGAAUUUAUUAAUAACUGCAUGUUCUUUCCGGUGUUUCCUGAUUGAAAAUUGUAUGCUCUCCAACCACAUAGACUAAAAGAGCCUGCUCAUAGGCAAACUAUAUAAUCCUAGCUGAAUAUAGCCAUUCAGUACCCCUACAUUGGUACUCUAUGGUAUAUGGUAUAGUAUGCUAUAUGUGAAUCAUAAACCUUAAACCUAACCCCUAAACUAACCCUAAUACCUAACCCCUAACCCUAACUUAUAUUGGUGCGCGAAACAUGGAACGAUAACCCAAUUUCACAUAAACAAUAUUUUAUAAAUAGCUCGGUCAAUGUGACAAGGUCAAACACGCAUGUAUCAAAUUCCAUUGUGAUUAUCGUAAUAGUAUUGUCGAAUUUCUUCAAAUUUCUUUUGUUUAAUAUGCUUUAUGGCAGAAAAUAAAUCAAACACACACAUAUUAUUUUGAAAGGGCUUUAUCAAAAUCUUCGACGAAGUUUGGACACACGACGCUGAAAGAACAGCAAGAGUCGUGUGUUUGAAAGCUUGUUGUUGACAGCCUAGGCCCAAGAUGUCUUUGCCGUUCUGCCAACUGGCUUUGGUGAAAGUCUUAUUUAUCAAGUCCUACCGGCGUUGUUUUCUGAGCUAUAUCACCUUUGUCAUGGUACGAUAAAGAAUUUCGUUAUUGCUGUUGUUGUCCCGUUAGAAAAAGUAUGUCCGCGUCCAGCAGGUUGAGACCUGGAGAAAGCUUGGUAUUCAGCCGUCUGUUUAGAUCCCUUGUUCAAUGAUGAAACAAAUGACUUUAGCGUAUUUUCUUGACGCACUUUAAUUCCAAUUGCGGAAAGUAGAUCGCAGAGAACAAAACUAUUUGCAUUCAGUCCUUGCACAGAACUGACUAAAUCUUUGUUUGCUGUUCGGUUAAAUUAAAUAGAGAAACUAAACUCUUAAAAGUACCUUGAAUUUUUAGGUUUAAAAAGCAAAAUGCACACUCUGCGGACAUGUACAUUCAUGAGAAUAUAAAAACAAAUAAUCCAGCAUGAAAUGAAUAUCUUUAUACUUUUCGUAUUUAUUUUCGUGCAAUGAAAUCUACAACACUUGUCAAUCAUAUUGUAUGACUGUCUAAAAAUAACAUGUGGGCGUCCCACAGUUUAGACAGGUUUGUGUCAGGCCCUAUUCUAAAUUAGGGCCUGAAUUUCAGGUUAGAAUCAUCACAGUUAAUAGAGGAAGGAUUCUAUUAACCGUGGAAUCAUGUAGGAGUAUCAACAGGGCUGUCGCAAAGAGGCUUUAAGCAAUGUAAAAAUUGACGACAAAAUCCUUCAUUUUUUUGCAGACAAUAUGUUUUCAGGGGGGUUUUACACACUGCAUAGCCCCUAGCGACACCUUGAGUAUCAACAUAUACAUGGUUUGUUAUUUGUAUGCUUUUUGGCUAUAUUUCUUUCUCUAGGUACGACGUAGUAAUGUGUGGGAAGAUGCAAAGAUCAAGAUGAAAAAAUGUUCAAAUGAUGAACUGAAUAACCUCAUUAAAAUUCAGUUUGUUGGAGAACCCGCAGUGGAUCAAGGUGGCCCAAGAAAUGAAUUUUUCUCAUUAGUCCAUAAUGAAGUAUCUAAAUCAGGCAUGUUCAUUGGCAAGGAAAACAGAAAGUGCUUCAACCAUGAUAUUCUUGCCUUAGAACAAAGAAACUAUUAUAUAUAUGGGCAGUUAUGCUAUAUUGCAAUCCUGCAAGGUUCACCUUCUCCCUGUUUCUUUGCACCUUCAGUGGUAGAUUAUAUUGUUUAUGGCAAGACUGAAAAAGUUGAAACGUGCGUUGGAGAUGUGCCAAAUCAAAAAGUGAAGCAAAAGCUGGAAGAGUUGGAAAAAAUUGAGGAUCCUGAAGCAUCUUUCGAAUGUUCAUUUAAAUUUAAGGCUGGUUUUAGCAAGCCACUCAGCACGUUUCAAGAAAAAGACAAACUUUUUCAUGCAAUUGCAUUGCAUUAUACCCUGCUCUCCUCCUUGUCUGAAAUCAACCAAUUUAUGGAAGGGUUAAACGUUCAUGGCCUUCUUGACCAUCUGCGCCAACAUCCCCAACAAGCUCGGAAAUUGUUUCUCUAUAGUGAAAACCAACUUAAUGCUGAGCAGGUGGAUAACCUCUUUGUGCCAUCAUUCUCUCCAAAAGGGAGUAACAAACGUGCUGCAGAAGAAUCAGUGUCCUUGAAUUUUACACGGUAUCUGGAGGAUGUGGAGGCUGGAGAUGUUACAUGCAAACUUGUUGAUUUCAAUACUAAUGAAGAGUCUGAACUGCAAGUCACAUUACCUCUUGCAGUUCAUCACUGGAAGUUCAUCUGUACCCGCACUUGGCCUUGUGGAUAAUCCACCAUUAAUCACAUUUCAGCAUGAUUCUUCAGGCCGAAAGCUUUCUGCCAACACCUGCGCCAACACUUUGCGCCUUCCAGUUAACAACACCUUUCUGAACUAUGACAGCUUCAAAGUCGAGUUCACUUCCUGUAUGGCAGAAGCCCCAGGAUUCGGCAAUGUGUAGAAAAAUAUGGCCAUGAACAUGCCGUCUAUCACCAUUGGUAAUUCCUUAAGACCAUGUAGUAUAAACUACGUUUCUAGCCAACAUACGUAAAUAUACAGUUAUCGGGAAUUACCUGUAACUUUGUUUCUUUUCUAGAUAUUGUAGCGUACACAUUGUCCUUAUGUGGCCAUGCAAGAGAGGCUUUCAGUUAUUAUUUGAUACUAAACACUGCCUUACUCUAAUAUUCCAAUUUAGUACGUUAUUGUUCUAAAACAAAGAGAUUGGCAUUUAAUUUGACAUGCACCAGCAAACAUAUUUAGUAUGGAGGCACUUUGUUUCUCUUAAUUCUUCUGGAUCUGAUCAGCCAGAGCAUGUCACAAUUAGAAAGGGAAUACUGCAAGUACUCUUACUUGGUUGUUCUCGCAAGGGUGGCAGCAGUUGGCAAUACAUUUUGCCGGGAUAUAGUGGAUAUACCAUACCUUGUGGAUAUGUAAUGUCAUGAUGCAUGCAUAGUAAGAAGUUGUUUCAAGGUAGUUCCUACUGUUAUUGUCUAAGACCCGGUCCACACGAUACCGGCAUGAAAUUCUGCCGACAGAAAAUCAUCACGGUUUCAACUGUUCACACGAUACCGGCAGAUUAUAUUCCGCUUUGACAAUAUGCUGCACAAAUCAGUUAAAAUAGACACAAUAAAAUAUCCAAUAACAACUUUUGCAGUUUUGUUCAUUUAAGGCGUUCACACGGCACUCUGACGGAAGAAUUUCGUUCCGUUUUCAAACUCUUACGGUUUGCAUACCGUUUUCAAACUCUUACGGUUAGCGUUUCGCAUUUUUUUAUACCGGCAUCGUGUGAACGCAACCCCUAAACGUAAGAAUUUCGUUCCGUUUUCAAACUCUGCCGGUAUCGUGUGAACGGGGUCUAACUUUUAUAUUGAUAUUGAUGUUAUGGCUGUUAUAUGCACUAUUAAUUUUCUGAGGAACUUUGUUUACAUUCAAAUGUCUUGAUAGUUCUAAACAACGUUCUGCUUAUUUACAUUUAAAUUAUUUGUAAUGCAGAAGUUAUUUUUAGUAGUACAUAUUUGGUGAAGCCUAGAUCUCGUAUAUCACCGCCAGUUAGCGAUGACCAUUUUAACACGUUGCCGAUCCAAUGAUCACUGAUUUCAAAUUUUCAAUGCCAAGACAAUAUUGACCAUGGCCAUUGCCCGUCACAAUUUAAAUUACAGAGAAAGCAACAUCAUUUUUUUAAUCAUUCAACAUUGAAUUACUUGAUUAUUUGUGGUUGAUCGACGUGCACGUGACAUCCGCGUGUUCGCAAUAUAAAACAAGCUUUCAGAGACACGUUAAUUCGUGAUUUCAGAGACACGUUAAUUCUCACACCUGCGAAAUAGUCAUCGGGGGUGUACCAGAACCAGGCUAAACGCCAUGUUUACUCGGCCUUGUUUAUAUUUAGUUGCACAUAAGACAUGCAUAUAUAAUGUUAACAUUGGUAUCAAGUGUUUAGCACUUCAAAUUUGUUAUAGUUGUAUUAAGAUAUUAAUGUUAUGAAUAUCAUGUUCUUAUAUGAUUUAUGCAAGUUAUUCGACAUAAAUGUACUUGUUUUAUAAACUAUUACUGUAACUACAAUUGUCUCAAGUUAAUACAUGUACUUAUCUAUGUACAAUCGAAUGUAUAUUGUCCACAUGACCAAUCGCCGAUCCACUUAUAUACCGAACUUUAAUUCUAUAUGAUGUGAUGCUGGAGUGAUAUGUGAUAGGCAAUGAUUAACAUACUAUUUAUGAGGGAGUGACAUGGGUGCAUGCCCAUCCCCACAGUUGAGUUUGGCAUACAAGCUUAGAGGCAUAUGAAUGUCACUCUAACAUUGCGUCGAUUAUAUGACAGGAACUACUGAGAUUCUGUCGCAAAAUUCAGCAAUGCAUAUUGUUAGCGAAAAAAUUGCAGCUUUACCCAAUCAUAUUCCAUUUUUUUUUCAUUUUAUGCGAACAAAUUUUCACCAAUUGGAAAACUGGCUUAAAUUAUUUGUAUCAGGGACGUGCUGGGGUAUUGAAAAUGACUACGAGUGAGCAACAUCUGAUGGGGCCCAGGCCCAGUGAUGGAUGGAUCAGGACUGGGAUGGGGGUGUUACUGAUCAAAAUGAAACAUUUCAGUUGCUAAUUAAUCUUUCUUUUCCAGACAUACCAUUUUUCAGUAACUUUCGAUUUAUAAAUGUACCAUAAUUUGUUCAAUUUUUCGGUAACAUUUUCGUAAAUUUAGAUUUUUAAAAUAUAAAUUGUAAUAUCUUAAUCUUGACUUUCAAAAUUAAAAUCUAUAUUUUAAUUUUUUAUCUUUUCCUUUGUUUCGGCAUUUUCAAAAAAAUUUUCAUUUUUUUUCCAACCUCGGAAUUUUCAAAAAAAUUUUCAUUUUUUUUUCAUGAUGGCAGGGGCCCACAAUAAGUUCUCGUCGGCUCAUCCAUAGCCAGAACGUCCCUAGCCAGCACGUCCCUGAUUUGUAUAUCACUCGUAUGUUGCAAAUUUGAACUUUUUAGUGAAGGUCUAGCUAGGUCCACACAUGAUUAGUGAUGUCUGAAACAGCCAAACAUAUUUAUUCUGAAAGUGUUUUAAGGUAAUGGAACAAAUCAAGAGCUUCGUGCCAAUCUUUUGGUUCUGAUAAAGCUUGAAGAUCACAAACAUAUCUGAAAUAUUCUUGGUAGUCAUUUUGUUCAGCAGGAAUGGCAAAAUCACUCUGAGAAACAACAUCAUCUACCUGUGUUUGAAGAAUGGGGAUUAGUUGAUCUUCACCUCCAGAAUGUUCUGGAAGGAAAAAUAACUCAUCAGGUUUUCCUGGGAUGGUAUCAUGUCUCGAAGGUCGAAUGUGAUGUGUAUUCCAGUGUAGCUUGACAAAGUCCAAGUCUUGCUGAAUGACUUCGUUGAAGCAAAACCAUAGGCAUUCUAUGUGAAAUGUGUUUCCAUCCAAGAACACCCCUCUGUCGCGUAGAUCCUUAAAGACGUUUAUCCACCAAGUUGUGCGGCUUUUUUUAAGAUGAGACCACCAGUACUCGAUUCGUUGAUUGCUAGUUGAAGAGCCAUAACGAUGAGAUUUCUCUCCAGAUAAUUCAUCAUCAUCGUUUGCUCUUAGGUAACACUGCAUGGCAGCCAUCGUGCCAUUCUCAGUUCCAGGAUCUGUUCUUAAAAGUCGAGGACAACCUUGAAGUUCCUUUACACAUUCCAGAUAAUAGUUGGCUAUUACAACUGGAUUAUUGUUAGUUCUUGCAACUUUCAACCACAAAACACGUCGACUAUAUCCAUCAACUGCUCCAUGUAUUGGAAAGCCAAAUGGUUUUAGUUUAUCAUAACCAUCGACGUGCCAACAUUUAUUUGGGCCAUUCGAUCUAUAUGUCCUCCUCUUAAGCCGGUGCCGCUUUCGUUCUUCGGUGCCGUUUGGGUCAAGCUCCUUUAAAAUCCUCUGAACCUUGUCUCUUGGAACACACAGUCCGUAUUUGAGUCGAAGGGUAUGCCACAUACUUCGAUACCCUGACACACAACUUGGACCUUGUAAUUCUUGUUGAAUGGCUUCAGCGAUAUCAUUAUCAUCAAUGUCAACAGCAUUUUUCCUUUUCAGGCCAUAUUCCCUUAAAUUAACCGUCUCUUCAGUGUUGACAUUGAAUGAUUAAUGCUAUGAUAUUUCGACAAAAAACAUAAAAUCGUUUCGUAUUCGUAUCCUGCAAGAAAAUAGCUUUCUAUUGCUUCCCGUUCUUCUUCCUCAUUUGCUACAGUUUGAGCUUCAGGGUUUUCAACCAAUCUGCCACAAGAAGGGCAAAAGACAUUGGUUUCAUGAAGUUGAUUUCCACACGAAGAACAAAACAUGGUUGCGACUUGCGACAAAGUGAAAGACAAGCUUUAGUAACCGCCCGUUUUCAUACACACUGCGCAUAAUUAUAAGCCUAGGGAGAAUGUGUAGUGAGUAUAUUGAAAUGUGUAGUGAGCAUUUUGAAAUGUGUAGUGAGAAUUUUGAAAUGUGUAGUGAGCAUAUUGAAAUGUGUAGUGAGAAUUUUGAAUUGUGUAGUGAGUAUUUUGAAAUGUGUAUAGUGAGAAUAUUGAAAUGUGUAGUGAGCAUUUUGAAAUGUGUAGUGAGCAUAUUGAAAUGGGUAUAGUGAAUAUUUUGAAAUGUGUAGUGAAAAUAUUGAAAUGUGUAGUGAGCAUUUUGAAAUGUGUAGUGAGAAUUUUGAAAUGUGUAGUGAGAAUUUUGAAAUGUGUAGUGAGUAUUUUGUAAUGUGUAGUGAGCAUUUUGAAAUGCGUAGUUUUCUCUGGUUGGCGUUAUUUGAUUUUGUAACGUGUUUUAGGCCUGCUCUGGGACCUUAACUCGCCGCGAGAUAAGGCGAACCUAUGCGAGUUAAGGCGACAUAGGGCGAGUUAAGGGAAAAUCUGGCUACUGACCCUUGCGAGUUAAGGCGAGAUAAGGCGAGUUAAGGAAAAAUCUGGAUAUUGUAUACACACUAUGUAUUUUGCUUUGUUUGUGCAUUAUGCAAAGCAAGUAUGCAGUACUUGAAGUAGCAGGCCUAGAAAAGUGUUUUAUUCUAUAUUCUACAAUACAUGAUAUGCACAAUAACUCGGGACCUGGAAACAAGUUGCAUCAAAACGAGGCUGGUAGCCAGAUGCCAAAUUGUAUAAUUUGAGGCAUUAUGCAUAGUGUGUAUAGAACUGCAUUGUUUCCUAAAUCUUCACAGUGUCAGUUGCUAACUUGCUAUGACUAGCUUCACCACAUAUUUUGUAAUUUUUAGCUGUUUUCAUGAAUCAUGACAUUAUCAAUUAGGUUCCAAUUUGUUUGCAAGCAGCAGUCCUUGUAUUCAAUUUUUAAUUUAAUUUAAUAUAAUAUAAACAUUGAUAUGAAACAAAGAGAAACUAAAAAGCUUGCUAGGAAAUUAUAGAUUAUUUACUAUUAAAUUUAGCACUUUAAUAACUAUUUUAAUUAACGAAAUUUCGAACCACAAUCACACAAUGAUAUAUUAAAUGAUAACCGACGGUCAUAAUACUAAAAUUAAUGCCCAACUUACUUGCUUUGGAAACGUAAAUGAAUGUAAAUGACAAUGAUUCCUCUGUAUAAAACUGUAUUGCUGUUUAAUAAUGUAUAUUCCUAUUUCCUAUCAAGCUUUUAUAUUCAGAAUUCACUGCCUCUCAUUAACACUAACACUAAGUAUUGCAAGCAGAUUGUAAUUUUUCCGCUGAAGGGAGCAAUAUUUUCAAUAUCUGUUCCCAGACAGCAUCCCGCCCCCCUGGUAAACGGAAUCUUCUUUCCCAUCAUCGCGGUAAUUCCUCUGUGGUCGGGGGGGGGGGAGGUCUACGCAGUCUAUAAGUCAGAAUCAUUCGAUUCCGCAAAGGCAAUAUGGCGGGAUAUGCAUCAACAUUUUAAAGUUUUUUUAAUAUCAUGAUAUUAGAAUGAGAUUCAAAAAGCCUUGUCCCUACAGAUUGUUUCUACUAAAUUUAAUGUUGGUCACAGACAGGCAAGCACGGUAUGUUUACUACAAUAUUCACCUUUAACUCUGCUUUAAAUUACUGUAAAUCUAUAUUUUCACGAAUUUUGUGAUGGUGAUUGUGUAUUAAAAUAUUUCUCCUAGAAUUCUGCGCGUAUCGUUGGUUCAGUAGCUCUGUUGCCGGUUGUAUAUAAAAACAGUUCAACGAAUAACUUUGCAGUUUGAGCUGUUGAUAUCACAGAGACCUUUUAUACUAUAAGUAUAACAGUAUUUUAGUAAAAUUUGAUAGUCAUGUGAUAGGCUGAUAGCUGCAUAAAAGUUACUUUUGAUGUUUUGAUAUCAUUGUAUAGUUGAAAUAGAAUAGAUAAGUGAUCUGUAUAUUAGUAUAUAUGGGAAUAUUAAUUUUCAACCAUACUUGGCAGUUUGGGUUCUGUUAUUAGCCUAUGUUCAAUUAUUUUCACUGUUAUUUAUUAAAUAUUUGGUAUUACUGUAUACAGCAUGCCUGCUAAGGCCUGCUUACUGUAUUAAAGUAGAGUAGUUGGUGGAAUUAUUUGAUCAAUACAGCUUUAUGGCAUCACAGAGAAUGUAGUAAAUUAAAAAAAUGAUAACAUUUCAGAUAAUCAGGCUUACAUACUUGUAUGUUGAUGUCAGUUGCAAUGCCAAACUCAUAGAAUAUAUAAGUGAGUGUUGUGAGUCUAAAGAAUUUUGAUUGACAGUAUUUGUGUUUUACUGACGUGUAACUGUGCCGGUUUUUAUUGCAAAAUAGGGCGAGUUUAGGCGAGUUAAGCAAAAUUCUGUCAACUUCUCAUUGCGAGAUAAGGCGAUAUUGGGCGAGUUAAGCAAAAUUCGAUCUUUUUCUAUUGCGAGAUAGGGCGAGAUAAGGCGAGUUAAGGCUAGUUAAGGUCCCAGAGUAGGCCUUGUUUUGAUACUUGUUUAUGUAGUGACACGUACAGGCCACCGUAGAUUAGCGCCUUGCCGGUCUUUGAACGUGACAACGAUUUGGACACAAGACAAAUACACAUUGAAUGUCCAUUUUAUUGAUUCUAAAACUGUUUAUAGACAUAUUGCUCUAGAUUUUUUUUAAAAGAUUAUCAUCGUUUAUGUUAAACACCAGGAAGACAAAAGAUAACGUACAAAAUUGUUUGAAAUCGACAGUGCACAGCUGACAUACGACAAUUCACAACUGCAUGAAUUUCCUUUUUUGUCGAUCUGCACGAGUACCUGUUUGUUGAAGCCAAAAUAUUGCACAGUAUCUCCUAUAAAUUCUAUCGCCAUUUACCCUCUCCCCUUAAAUGCAAAGGAAUGACAGCAGAAAAGGUUUAGCAAAGUAUUUUUUAUUACAUCUGGUAUAAAGUGUCCUUCGUUUUAUCAGGAUAUACAUAAUUCAUAAACUGUAUAUGCACACGAAGUCUCGCUUAUAUUAAUGAGUUUUACUGUAACAAACCUUUUAAAAUUUCCAUGGAUAGAUAGGUUGUUUGCCUCCAGUAUUGUUUGGUAAAACAGACUAAACUUCUAAAAUAUUGGUUACGGAAUACGCCGAUAAAGAUUAAAGUUGAUUUAAAUGUUGAUAACUCACUGCUGAAGCUCAACGAUCAAGAAAAAUAAUGUCGAAGUGUCCAUUAUACAAUUAAUUAAUUAUAUAUUAAUCCAUUAUACAAGUCUAAAGAAGCUGGAUUAUUCUCCAAUAAAGCCCUCAAUGGACAAUGCCAAUGUCAAUGAAAGGUCUAAUAUUAUAAAUGUUGCAAAUUACUGUAUACACAAAAUAUGAAAUAAUUUAUAUAAAGUACAAUACCAGUGUCUGGUGCAUAUAUCGUCCUAGAUAUUCAAGUUGUACCGCACGCACGGAGGAGUCUUGGCGUUUGUGUGAUAACAGAUAGCUAGCUACACUUCGACAUUAUUUUUCUUGAUCGUUGAGCUUCAGCAAUGUAAAUGAAAUGAAUUUUAUAACCAGUCCAUAACGGGUUUCAAUCCUGUGUUUUUACAGUCAAAAUAGCACUAUUGUUUACACAUGUUGGGCGAUGUUUGGGAGAUCAGAGGAUCCCGUUAUAAAAUAAAUCUUUUGUUUUGAAUAUCGGACAGGAUACACUUCAACUAUAAAGAACCAUAUCGUUCGUUUACUACCGUUUGAUCAAUCAGUCUGUGUGUAGAAGGUAUGUAUGUUUCUACGGCGAUACGUGCUAAACUUCGCAAGCCAGGCCCGUGUGGAGUGUUUUCUUUGCAAGUGAAAUAUGAUCCAGCUUCUCGCUUGAAAUGUAACGCAAUACUUAUUAUUGAUGACAUUCAGUAUAGCAGGAAGUCUUUGUCAUGAUCGGUACGAAUCUAGAACGUUCCUCUCACAAUCUCUUGUUGCAAAUUACAUUUUUAUCACCCGAAAUUAUAACACAUAAAGUUGCAAUUUUCCAAUGUUGCAACAAACACGCUCCUCUUCCUCCCGACCCAUAGUCAAAUUAUACAUUUACCCCCAGAUUUGGGUGUGACGUCAUCAGCCCCGACCAUGGUCUUUGCUUCCCAAGAGCAAAGAGCCUGGGAACGAGGUUGAAGCAACCUAUAUUUUCGAAAUUACUCACCACCUGAUGAUUCAUAUACGGAUGAAACAGACUGUUGUGUUUUUUUUUAGGCAAAACGAAAAACUAUAUGAUUACGCUCUAUCUAUAUGGUAUUGAGCACUGUUUGUGUUUUGUAAACCAAAAACCUGCAACUGCAUGUGUACAUAUAAAAAUGUCAUCACGUAUCUAGACGUGUAUACCAAGCUGCACUGACGAGGCGUGGUACGCCGAAACAUGCAUGUCCGAAACAUGCAUGUGUGAACUCAAUCCAUUCAUUAAUUACUUAUCAUAGUAAAGGCUACUAAACGAUGGUACAUGUACUGAUGAAUCAUACUAAAUAGUAUAAGAAAGUGAGAAAUUGCGAUGCCGACAAAGUUGACCUCAUUAUCUAUGUUUUGUCUGGUUUAUGUAAAAAACGGUCACGUGUGCAUGUAUUGUUUUUUUUCCGCCCAAUCAACCAAUAGCAAAUUUGUGUUGGUUUAAUUACCCAGUCGUGAUAUUACCCAAUUGGUAAAACAUAUAGCUUCUGUAUAUAUUCGUUGCUCUAAUGAAGAUACAAUACACACGUGACGAUCAUGCGCCAAAUUUUGAAUAAACCAGGGGCCGGUUGUAUAAAAACGUAGUUAGCGCUAACUGCAGUUUAAAAGUAGUUAAAAAGCCUUAAAAUAUAGUUAACUUUAACCACGUAGAUAAGCCUGUUGUAUAAAAGUGUAGUUAGCCUUAACUGCAAUUAAAAAGUAGUUAAAAUUAACUAUGCUUUAGGGUAUAGUUAACUGUCCAAAACGUAGUUAAAAAUGGUGUUUGUAUGGGGGUGAACAACAUUUUUCAGUAAAACAAUAAUGAAAAGGAACGCUUACCUGAGAUUUUCAAACACUAUCUUCCCUGUGAAUGUUUCCUGACAAUAUAAACUCUUCAAACGCUAUAACUUUGGUGUUUUUACGAAAAUAGAACAUAUUUUUGCACAGGACGAUUUCUCGAAGACGAAGUAUGGUCCAUUACACCAAGAAACACUGAUAUAUAGUAGCCAAACAGCUAGACCUUGGUUUAAUGUAGACAUCUCAAGGAAAAACUGCAUUCUUUUAUGAUUUUUGUGGCGGUUUUUCUUUGUUUUCUUGUUUAUUUUUCACUGUUUUCUAGUGUUUUGAAUAACAUUCACGCCUAUUUGCAAAAUACGAGUCCACAAUCAUGUUGAAAAUGUGUGUCAGCGGUCGGUUAACUAAGUGAUUAGUUAACUAUCCGACUAACUACGUUUUGUGCAACGCAGUUAAGUCAUGUAGUUAACUAAUUACAGUUAAGGAUUUAACUACAGUGAUUAACGCUAACUACAGUUAGCGCUAAUUACGUUUUUAUACAACCGCCACAGGACGAUAAACAUAUAGCUAUCGAGGUAUAUUUGUCCAUUUUUUGAGUAAAUAGAAUAUCACACUUUGCUCUGCAUGGAACGCGUGUUGUGAAAAUAAUGUAUAUGCGUGCCAAUUGUUUGAGAGUUAUGAUUAGAAAGACAGAUAUGUUAGUGUUGCGAUGGAGGAAAAUUAUUAAAUAUAUGUUACACUGCGAGUAGUGUAGGUAUAACAGAAAUUUAUAUCCAUAUUUAUAUUUAGAAAUUUAUAUCCAUAUUAUAUCCAGGGGAUGCAAAAUUUAUAUCUAUACUGUAAGUAAAUGAAAAUUAACUAAGAAGGACAUAUAUGUUCCUGUCGUGUGGAUGAAAGUAAACUAUUUAUUUGACUUUUGGUAAACUUGAUUUCCACCUUAUUUCAUAUCAUCAUUGAAAGCGUUGUAUAAUGAAUGUAGAAACAUAUCCAACACUAAACGUGGUAAAACGUGAUAACAUGAUUUAUUUGAUCAGAAAACGGCUAUUUACCAAAACUUGCGAACGUUCUCAGGUUUUAGCUACUGUUAUGGAACAUAGCUACAAAGUUUAAAAAGAAAUGAAAUCAUGGACAUUCUAAACGUUGUCUACACAGCUAUUUUCAUACAAGCAAUUGUCACUUUUCGCAGGUUAUUAUAGAAUAGUCCGUUUAAAACACAAAAUUUCAGAAAAAUUGACUGAAGGGAAAAUCAGUUAUUGCAUUACAAACCUUGGGUGGUCAAGUAAAAUUUUUGCUGACAUGAUAGAAUUUCAAAGUGACAAGACACUUCAAUUCGUUACUUGUCCCAUGCUUAAACAACUGCAUGCAGAGAGCCACCUUAUUUUGGAACCUAAAUAACUCUUCAAUUAUCUUAUCGUAUGCAUAUAUCGGGAUAAGUAGUAUUUAAAAGACGAGGAGUGUUUUAUUAUAUUCAAAACGCGAGGCGCAGCCGAGCGUUUUGUGUAGAUAUGAUAAAACGCGAGUUCGGGUGUUUUAAAUAGGUUGAAAUACGACUACGAAAGAAUACUAAUUAACAAGAACAAUUAUAUAAUCUACUAAUUAGGAAAAGAGUACUAAUGAAGAUGAGUUUUAUCAGAUAUAAAGUCACUCCACGUGACAUAUUAUGGCUGACAUGAUUUGCCACAAGGUUUAUGAAUUCUUAAUGACUAUUUUAAUGACAUUUACAGUACCUGACUUAAAAGACACCAAACAUAGUUAAUUAGCAAAGACGAAACACAGCCUAAAUUUAUCAUCUAGUCCUGUACUCGAAAACAACCACUGCGAUAGUUGUGAAUAUUGGUUGAUGUUGUACGAAAAAAGUAGGGUGCAAGUGAUUCAGUUUGUGUUUUGGUAAGUUUCUAAAGAAGUGCAAAAUUUUUACUUUUUCCUAUUUGUUAGAUCUAUUAUUUUUAUCCCAGUGUUCGCCUGCUAGAUAUGAACUUGUUUUGCUCAUGAUUCGCACGAGAUGCGCCAAAUGCGUACUUAAUUCAAGUUUACCCGGUUCCAUUCAUUGAAAUCUAAUAUUGUUUCAUUAGCAAUGCUCAAACAGGCCUUGUGUCAUAUAUACGUACCAGACGUGUGGGCAUAAAAGAAAAAUCGAGCAAAAAAACCCGAAUGGUCAAGCGAGCUAGAUUUACCUGGCGUAUUAACGUACUUAUGUACUUAUACGCACGUUUAUUAUUGGCUACGUAAUUUCGGAACUAAAAAAAAGGAAAACGCAACAAUUUAAAUAUUUGUGCCAAUGCAUGAAAUGAAUAUUUACCUGUUAACGUACUCAAAAUGCGAGCAGGUAGUCAAUAAUUUCAAUGCCACCUGUUGCGACCCAGAAACAGCAGUGUUAAGAAAUGUUUCCAACAUAAUAAGAAAGUGACGCGAUUACUCUAACGUUAUGCAUGUAUUUCUCGAUUUAGAAAGAAUAAUUGAAAUAAGAAAGAAUUAAAGUUCGGUCGAGUUCUAGUGUAGCUAUAUUCGGCAUACAUGCAAAAGUACUGUCGGCAUAAUCUUCCAUGACGAUGAUUUUUUAUUGUUUUUGUACAUUGUACUGUUCAUAAUCGGAAGUUGCAAGUCAAAAGUAAAGCAUUUUUCGCCUUGGACUGGCGCCAUCGAAUGAAGCAAUGCAUGUUCAGUCGUUUUAUUUAAAUUGCCUUAUAUUGUCUAGACACUUGUUUACGUUUGUAAAAAAGUAUUUUCUAUAACAGAUUGGUUUCAACAACAGUCAGAAUUUACAAAUGAGUUUGAACAUAUCAAUAUUGAUGAAAUGAACAAAUGUUUAUCAAAUUAAAUUCAACGUUUCUGUAAGAAAACAUGAUGGGAAUCACUACAAAUGAUGAUGGCGAUACGAACGGCUUUGGAUAUCAGACCCUAAAGUAACAUUUUUGGAAAAUUAAGAUGUGUUAUAUUUUUUUUCUCAAAUAAUCUUCUGUGUAAUUAUACUAAAAGAAUUGUUCGCCUCAGGCUCGGUGAAUAACGCUGAAUGGAAACCUCGACUUCGCCUCUGUUUUUAUUCAGCGAUAUUCACCACGCUUCCGGCGAAUAGUGACAUAAUUAUAAAUGCUAUUAUUGGCACAGUAUGCCAUUAAUGGAUGACCUAAAGUGCAUUGAACAGUCAUAUAAAUUAUUUUGUUAAAUACAUCAAAGCGAAUUUGGCAGUUGAAACGGCUUACGUUGAUAAAUCUUUGGAUCACUGCUUCGAUUAAUACCGCAUGCAUUAGUAAGAUCCAUCCUAUAUAGAAUACCACUGCCAAGCUUUUUACUCAACAAUUUCAAACUAAUCUUAUCAGUGGAUAUAGAAGGAGUUCGAACGAUGCAAUAGAACGAUUGAAAAUGGCAUUACUAAAGAACAGAAGAGAGAAAUUAUGCCAAGAACUUUGUACUUUUAUUCAAAAUAACAGAAUACAUAAACUUUGCCAUCUGCUACCUGAACAUAAUCUAUCAAUUCAUAUCAAUUUUAGACAGUUGAGAAGAUACAAUUUAUAGUUAAAAACUCAUAUUAUUUUUAGAGACUUGAGAAGAUAUAUACUUUCAAUUAUAAUUAAAUACGAAGAGAUUAAGAGCUCUUAUUUUUAAGGACUUGCUUGCGUAGGCAUGCGAGCAAAAUCCUUAAAGUUAUAGGGUUUGUAAGAUAGAUACUAACACGAUUUUGUAAGAUAAUUACACAAAUUGUCAAUAGUUUUAGGGCACAGAUAAAUGAUUAACAUAUUUGAUGUAAACUAUGCUGUAAUUCAGUUGUACUGCGAAAAUUGAUUUAACAAACGAUUUAUCUUCAUGCAUGUCUACUUAUCAUAUUAUAUUCUUUAAACAUAAGGGAUUUAAAUUAUAUAUUUGAACCUACGUAACUCUUCGAUUAUAUUUAAAUACAUUUUAUUAAACCUAACUAGGAACAGCGGCGAGAAAUACAACAUAAUAUGCCCCCCCCCCCCCGCAGGAAUAAAAUCCGCAACCCUGUGGUUCUGAUUCAGCGCCCUAAGCAACUGAGCUACAGAGGCCAGUUGUCGAGUUAUAACUACAAGUUCAUUUAUAUAUACUAGGCUGCCGCCUGCCAAACCGGAGAACAGGAAGAAGACCCACAACUUUCGACAGAACGUUGACUGGCUCUUUUCGCUCGAUGCGUCUGUAGCGAGAAUCGAACCCACGAAGUCAGAUCUUGCUCUGUCGACUGCGCCACUUACUCAAUAAUUCAAAACUACGUAUCGUUUGUGGAUAUAGGGCGAGUACAAAGGCGAUCCUGAAAAACCGAAAACGGAACAACACAAAAGAACAAAAGAGAGAAAUUAUGCCAAAAACUUUUUACUUCCGUUGAGGAUAACAGAGGACACAAACUUUGCCAUCAAGCUGAAAAAAAUCUAUCAACUCAUAUUAUUUUUAUGGAGAUGAGAAGAUAUAAACUUCCAAUUAUAAUUAAAUACAAAGAUUAAAAACUCUUGUUUUUAAUUACGCAUCCCAAUCGAAAUUGAAAACAGUUUUGGUAGAGUCUUAACAAAUAAAUUAUUAAUCAUAUUUAAUGUAAACAUAUUUGAUGUCAGUUGUAAUUCAGUGGUUCUGCGAACAUUUGUUUAAUGAACCAUCUAUCUAUCUGUCUAUAAUAUAUUCUUCCAAUAUAUGGAUUAAUGUUCUAAUUUAGAGCCUAUAGAUAAAUUCUUCGAUUAUCUAAUGAUUUGUAUAUAAAGCGAAAAUAAACAAGUUGUACGAUAAUAAUAUUUAUAGUAUUUAAAUUUAUAGUCUGCAUGCAUGCAUGCAUAAUGAACAAAGACGUAAAACAGCCAAUAGUUAUUUAUCAUUUGCUAUCGAAAUUAUCACUGCUCUAAAACAAGCUCUGCGUUCGGAGUAAAUAUUCGUUGAUACCGUCCAAAACUAAAGCAAGUAACAAGUAAGUCAAUUAAUAUUUCCUAAUUCUAAACCAUAUAGUUUUAAACUUUAUCAAGACAUUGCAUGUUGACAAAUUCGUCCUACUCAAUUUUCUCGAUAUAGCAUAAACUAGCCAUACAUUUCGGCGAACAUUACUUCGGCUCCUUAUAUGACGUAUCUUCUUUGUUAUAGACUUCUUGGAGUCGUUACAAGUCUCCGUUUAAUCAUACUCGGCCUCGUUGUCUAGCAUGAGUUUGACCUUUGAAUUUACUGUGUGAGUAAAUUAUUAAACAUGAAAGAAAUUAAUUUUAUAAGUAUACGAAAAAUUUGUGAUACCUGUCCAAUCUUAACCCUAAUCUAAACCCGACGCCACCCUCUAAACCUAAUCUGAUCAACUACCCUACAUCUACGCGUCCAGCCUCCCUGUAAGCGGCUUUAAAUCUAUUACAUUUAUAUAAAAAAGUCUUCUGAACGCUUGUGAUUUUAUGUGGAGUCCCGAAAUCAGUCUAAUAGUGCAGCCUUAACUGCAAUUUCAAUGGAGACAGAAGGAGUCUUGAGAGUUUUGUAAUCUUUUUGGAAGGUUUUUAAAUUAAACAAACAUCUAUACAGAAAAGAACCCAAUAAUUACUGUUCUCCUCAGAGAGAACGAGAAAACAUGUCGAAAUAGGGCAAGAGAGAAGUUUGGAUAAGAGUGCCUCGACUUUUACAUAUAACGUCUACCGUAAACCUAGCUUGACUGAUAUUUGAAAUAACGAACUUUUGGCCACUUGAGAAAUGGCCUGCAAACUGCGAGUGAGAACGAGAAAACAGGUCAAAAUCGGGCAAGAGAGAAGUUUGGACAAGAGCACCUCGACUUCUACAUAUGACGUCUACUGUAAACCUAGCUUGAUUGAAAUGACGAACUUUUUGCCACUUCAGAAAUGGCCGGCAAACUGCGAGUUUCUUAUAUUAAACAACCCGCCUCUUUUUCCUUGUCGAGCUCUUAAAUUUCUACUCAGGCGGAAGUACAAAAAAACCCAUUCCUAAUGUAGGGUGGGCCUAUCAGUUAUUUACAGUAAUUGGUAUAUUAUAACAUUCAGAAGAAAGGCCUAAAGCUACUAAGGUACAUGCAAAUUCACAAUUUAACAACAAUUUCAAACAUAUACGUGCAUGGAUUUCCCAGGCGCAAAACAAGAAAUAAUCAUGUAAAAUCUAACACAAAACGAUCCGUAAAACGUUAUUAAAUGUUCACUGAAAUUGAAUUGUUUUUUAUGCCGAUGAACUCUUCAUCUUAUUGCUUGUAUUUUGAAAUUAAAUAAUUUAUAUCAUGGCGGGAGUUCAUGAUUAAUGAUUUGCUCUCCAUUUUUUUCGCUUUUAUAAAAAAUAAAACAAGUUAAUUGACAGAAGAAUUUACAUGCAAUGAAAAGGAAGCUGGACAAUGUUGAUUGAGAUCCUUUAGGUGAAAAUGAACGACAAAAUCAAACCUGAACAUUUAUCAUUUCGUUAAAAUUUGUUAAAAGUGAUUUACAACUUUUUGUGGAACAAUUUCAAAGCUUUUUGUCGUAUUUUUUUAAAUAUUUGCUUCCAUCACUCCAAGUAAACAGCCACAUUUCUGAAUUUAGUGAAAUUAACAUCAAUAAAAGGAUAGCAGUUCGUGUAUGACGCUUUUUCACCGUUUAAAGCAACAUACGCUACAAUAUUCAUAGACGAUAACAUUAAAAUAAAACUUAUCUAUGAUUCGCGAUUUCCUAUAGUCAACUAAUUUUCCUCAUUUCUUCAGUGCAAAAUUCCUUCAAAGCUCACAACUUCGUAAACCCAGGGCCUGCCUGCGCGAUUUUCUAAUUAGGACGCCAAAGCGGGCGAGGCCCUGCUAAACGCUGGUCAUGUGACUCCAAAAUAUUCCCAGGAUCUGGGUAUAUUUCUGUAUAUCAUUAGAACUCAAAUUUGCAGUCAGGGGGAGUGAAUGCUAAAAGUCCUGAUUUUCUAAAAUAUGGCGAGUGAAUUAUAAAUAUGUUUCUUGUACUAUAUGUCAUGAUUUCCAUCAAGUAAAAGGUACAGUAUGAAUUUGAAAAUGUCUAGUCGUAUUUUAUUGUUACAAUUUAGCAGAUUUCCACGAGUUUCUAAUUUAACACACUUGCGAAUAACCCUAAUAAAUCCUGUGGGAUUGAGUUGAUAGACCCAUUUAUUAUUAAACAACUUGCUGGACAAUUAAUUCCUAUUUUGUCAAAUAUUUUCAAUAAAUCCAUGAAUACUGGAAGAGUGCCUGGCAAAUUAAAAGAGGCUAUGAUAACCCCUUUUUACAAAUUUAAUGACCGUAAAUAUUUUGGUAACUAUAGGUCAAUUUCCAUUCUUCCAAUAUUUUCAAAAACAUUGGAAAGAAUUAUUUACAACAGAUUAUUAACAUAUUUGGAUAAAAUGCAUAUCCUAUCCAGCAAUCAGUAUGGCUACAGAAAGAAUUACUCAACUUAUAUGGAUUUAAUUGAAUUAAUCGAUAGUCUCGCUCAUUCGAUUGAUAACAAUGAAUAUACUAUAGGCAUAUUUGUUGAUUUAUCAAAAGCGUUUGAUACUGUGGACCACAAAAUUCUUAUAAGUUCACUAAACCAUUACGGUAUCAGAGGUACUCCACUUAUGUGGUUUAAAGAUGAUUUAAGUGAUAGGAAACAAACAGUGAAAUUUAGUGAGACGAUCUCCUCAAAAAUGACUGUAACAUGUGGUGUUCCCCAAGUUCUAUCCUUGGACCACUUUUAUUUCCUCUUUACAUUAACGAUAUUGCCAAUUGCUCAAAUCUUCUCAAUUUUAUUAUGUUUGCUGAUGAUACUAGUUUAUAUCAUUCCGACAGAGAUUUUGCCACACUUAUCGGUAAAAUUAAUUGUGAACUUGAUAAACUGUCGGACUGGUUUAAAGCAAAUAAACUUUCGCUCAAUUUAAAGAAAACGAAUUAUAUACUCUUUCGUGCAAGAAAUAAACCCAUUCCAAGUCGAGACAAUUUAAAUGAGUUUAUUGACUCUAUAAAAAUUAAAAGGUUAGCUACCACUAAAUUUCUUGGAACUUAUAUAAACGAACAUUUAGACAGGAAACCACAUAUUUCACACGUUGCCCUAAAGAUGGCAAAACUAUUGGCAUCGUAAAUAGAGUAAAGCAUUUUAUUACUAGCCCCACCAGAAGAACUUUAUGUUGCUCCUUGGUGUUACCAUAUAUACAAUACUGUAAUAUAGUUUGGGCUAAAACAUACCCUACUAAUCGUGAUAAAAUCAUGAAAUUGCAUAAACGUGUAGUGCGUAUUAUUGAUAAUCCUGGAUAUCGAGAUCCGACUGAACCACUUUUUUAAAAAUUCAAGUUACUUGAUGUUUAUGCCAUUAAUUAAUUUCAAACUGGUUCUUUCAUGUAUAAAUGCUUUGACAAGUCCUCAAUUUUCCCGCAACAUUUUAGAAAUUACUUUAUCCUUAACAAAGACAGAACAACAACAAAGUCAAAACAACAACAAGAAAACUAACUCUUAAACAUAGUGCAUCAUUGUUUUGGAACUCACUAGAUAACUAUAUAAUCGAAGCUGCUACGUUAUUUAUUUUUCAGGCUAGACUAAGAUCCCAUAUUCAUAAAUAUUGAGUAUAAUAUAGUUUAUGAUUUAUUUCUAUAUAGCCAUAUCUCCUUUUUCACUCAAUCAUUUGAAUACAUAGAUUUAUAGAUUUUUAAAAAUCUCCUUCCCAGUUCCGUUGGUUGAUCAGUGCUUGUUCAAGUUCUCUCGAGCUUUCUCACUGCUCAACCUUCUGCACAACAAUAUUUUUUUAUAUAUUUCAACAAAUAAUGGAUUGUAAAAUGGGACCAAUAUUUAUUAUAGCAUAUGAGUAUAAGGGAAUCUGUAAUGUAAUGUUGUCUGGUAAAUAAAAUUGAUUGAUCUAUAAAUAUAUAUAUAUAUAUAUAUAUAUAUAUAUAUAUAUAUAUAUAUAUAUAUAUAUAUAUAUAUAUAUAUAUAUAUAUAUAAUAUACUUGCGCAAUACCUAAAAUUAGAUCAUGCAUUUGAAUAAAUUAUUAAAUUAUUAUUAUUAUUAUUACUGCUACCUAUCACUGGCAGCUGCAUCUGAUAGCAGUAGUGGAAGUCAAAUCUGAUCACUCUAUUAUCCUUUGAAGAUUUACACUAGUCACUUCAUUUCAGGAAUGCACAUGCACAAGCCAUGGAGUGUGGACGUGGUUUAAACAGCUCCUUAAAAUAUAGCUUGUUUUCUAUCAUUUUGGUUUCUUUUAUACUACAAGUAUGUAUGCAGUAUAGGGAAAACAAUCACGUUAACAUUAUUAAUGUUAAGUUGCACCGCGACAGUACAACUCGAGGAAUUCGAUAUGUUAUUCACAAACAAUCUGGUCGGGCGUUCUUCUCUGGUCGAAUAUCCUAUUCUACAAAUGGUACAAGUUGCUAUCAGUUGCAUCGCUUAGUGCUAUCUGGCGAUGUUCAUUCUAACCCUGGUCCAAUUACAACCAAGCACUGUAAGCAUAUCUGCAAAGAGUGUGAGAAGACAAUUCGAAAAAAUCAGAAAGCUGUGUCUUGUGCAACGUGUCAAGGUUGGUCGCACAUGAAAUGCCUUGGUAUUUCUAAGGAAGUUGUUGAGUAUUUAACUUGUUAUCCUAACGACUGGACUUGUACGUUUUGUGCACUACCCCAAUUAAAUGACUCUUAUUUCUUUGAGCAAAAUGAUCACUUGUUAUCAACCCCGAAUAGUUUCGUAGAAGAUGUUGACUCUACUAAUGUUGGCGCUAAUGUUGUGGAUAAUACGACCUCAACAUCACUGUCGGGCACUGAGUGGUUCAAUAUGAACAUAAAUGAUUAUUAUAAAAACAACCUGAAGAUUGGUCAUUUAAAUGUCAACAGUAUAUACUCUAAAGCCGGUGAAGUUUUUAAUUUACUAAACGAUUGUAAGUUUGAUAUCCUUGCCAUUAGUGAAACCAAGAUCGAUGCCUCAGUGUCUAAUUCGUUACUAACGCAUUCAGACUAUCGUAUAAUUAGACAGGACAGAAAAAAAGGAGCUGGUGGCUUACUUGUCUAUAUACGCUCAAACGUAACUGCACGACGUCAAAUUAAACUUGAGCCAGAGGGUAUUGAAGCAAUAUGCAUCGAUAUUAAAGGCUGUGGGGGAAAUUGGUUUUUACUCUGUAUAUGCUAUCGGUCACCAGGAAAAUGCAAAAUAAUAGACUUUGUCUCCUCUUGCUCAGCUGCAGCUGAACGGUUGUAUGCUAAGCGAAAGGAAAUUAUAUUUAUGGGCGAUUUUAACAUGAAUAUGUUACAGGGUGAUGAUAAUCCCUUGGGCCCGAGCAAAGAACUUUCAAAUUUUUGUGAUCAAUUCUGCCUAACUAAUAUGAUCCUGAAUCCAACCAGAGUGACAAAUACAAGUAAAAGUCUGCUAGAUGUUAUCUUAGUUUCUCAUCCGGAACGUUUUGCAGUUAGUGGCAAUAUGCAGUUGGGAAUAAGUGACCAUGACCUAGUGUACCUCGUUCGGAAACAAAAACUACCAAAACCUAAAGCAAGGCUAAUUGAAUUUCGGUCAUUAAAGAACUUUGAUCGGUCUGCUUUUAUCUCGGAUCUCAAGAAUGUACCAUGGGACAGUUCCUACGUGUAUGAUGAUGUAGAUGAUGUUUGGCUUCACUGGUCAUCAUUGUUUAAGCAAGUGCUUGACAAUCAUGCGCCAGUGAAGCAGGUCCGACUGAGAAGUAAUCAAUUACCCUGGAUUAAUGCAGAUAUCCAAAACCAAAUUCGACUAAGAAACCGUUUAUAUAGGAAAUUUAGAAAAAUCUCCUCAGAAGAAAACUGGGUUAAGUAUAAAACCCAGCGUAAUUUGGUCACAAACAUGAAAAGAAAAGCAGUCAAGCAAUUUUGUUUAGAAGCAACUUCAACGCCGAACUCGUCAACUGGUUUAUUUUGGAAAAAAAUGAAACCACUUUUACCAACCAAUAAAUCUAAUAAUGACGGAACGACAAUACAACUUAUUGAGAAUGGGUUAAUGAUUACAGAUCCUAGCUCAGUAUUCAAUAACUAUUUUACGACCCCGUCUGUUGAAGAAACAAUCUUAAACUUGACUGAACAAGAUUUUGAGAAUCAUAUUAGUGUACGGGCAAUCAAGGAACAAUGUCAUGAUUUGUAUUUCUCAUUCCAGCAAAUAAACAUGGAGCUCGUUAGCAACCUUUUGUUAAACUUAAAUGAAAAGAAAGCUAGUGGGCCUGACGGUUAUCAACCAAAGUUACUUAAAGCCUCAGCUCCUGCAAUUGCUUUGCCACUCACUAAUUUAUUUAAUUAUUGUAUUGACAAAAGUACCUGGCCGACUGCAUGGAAACAAGGAGAUGUCACCCCUGUUCACAAAAAAGAUGACGCCGUCAUUAAAACAAAUUAUAGACCGAUCACCAUCUUAUCAUGCAUUCCAAAGCUUUUUGAGAAAAUUAAAUCCGAUCAGUUAUACAAACAUUUCUCUCCAAUCUUUUCAAAUAACAUGUCGGGUUUUCUUCGUGGUCAUUCGUGUGCAACGGCACUUAUUAAGCUGACAGGCGACUUUAGAAAAGCUCUUGAUCAAAAGAAGGAUGUGGGAGUUGUAGCAAUCGAUUUGUCGAAAGCAUUUGACUCCAUAUGCCACAAUUUGUUGAUUGCAAAGCUAAAGGCUUACGGUCUGCAGGACAAUGCGUUGAUGUUAAUGAAAUCUUAUUUAUUUAAACGAAGCCAGAGGGUGAAAUGUAAUGGAGUCUUCUCAGAUUGGCUGACCUUAAAAUGUGGUGUCCCUCAAGGAAGCUUAUUGGGACCCUUACUAUUUAAUGUUUUCAUCAAUGAUCUUAACUGGUAUGUCGACAACACAUCACUCCGUCUUUAUGCAGAUGACACCACCCAGUACUCAUCUGAUACAUGUCCUGCCAUACUAGAGUACUCGCUUAACCGUGAUCUACAGAAAUUAUCGUAUUGGUUCAAAGAAAACUUCUUACAAAUCAACAAUGGCAAAACAAAAGCAAUGAUCUUAGGGAAAUCUGACUAUUCGUACAACCUUAAAAUUGACAACCAGCCAUUAGAAAUUCACGAAUCUUUGAGAACACUUGGAGUGACACUGGACAGAAAUUUAGAUUUCAAGCAGCAUAUUGACGAGAUAUUAAAGAAAUCCUAUGGAAUGAUUGCUGCUCUACGACGCCUUAAGAGAAUGGUUCCGAUAAAUAUUAUAACAAGUUUGUACAAAGCGUAUGUUUUACCUAAUAUGGAAUACUGUUCUCAACUACUUAUUGGAGUGAACAAAACAUUGUGCAAGAAACUUGAGAAAGCCAAUUGCUACGGUCUAAGAACUGUAAUGAACUUGGGUAACAAUAUCACCUAUGACGAACUUUUAGAACUAGCAUCAAUGCGAUCACCCCAACGUAGGAGACUUGAACAAUCUUUAAUUUUAUUCUUCAAGAGUUUUAGAAAUGAAGGUCCUGUAUAUAUAUCUGACUUUUUUAAAAGACGUAAAUCUACCUAUAACCUGAGACAUAAUGGUCUUAAUGUUGAACAGGAUAGAAACAAUAGCCGUUACUUGCAUAAUUCCUAUAGCUAUAUUGUAGGGCAUGUAUGGAACAAUUUACCGUUCCCUGCAAAAUCUGCAUCGACAUUAGCAGAAUUUAAGUUACAUCUAAAACAUUGCGAAUUUAUAGGAUGUCAGUGUCAAUCUUGUAUAUAAUUUCCUAGAUUUGUACCUUAUUAGUCUCGUUUACCUUUUAAUAACUUAAUUAAUAUCCAUAAUGUAGAUAUGUAUUUAUAGUAUUAUAGUAUUAUAGUAUGUCGUGCACUUUUUACAUGAGCCUCCGGCUCGGAUGAUUGGGUAACCGCAUCCUGUGUAAACGACUCUAAAUAAAUCAUUACAUUACAUUACAUUACAUUACAUUACAUUGCAAACUUGCUUAGCACAACUAGCUUUUCAGGUUGGAUGUCAAGCUAUUAGGAAUAUGUGAAUUAAUUAUAGAAAACUGCAUGCUGGCUUUCGUUUUGGUUGCCUAAGCAAAAAUCAUCACACUGAUUAUCAUGCCGAUGUGGUUGUUUAAAAGUUCAGGUGAAGACUGAAUAUCUUUUGUCCUGCAUGGCACCAGGGACAGACCAGUUUUCACGUGUUUAUGUAAAAUUGACUGCUUUAUGUGAGAUUCCAAUAACCGGGCAAGUAUGGCUGAUUAAUACAAUCUACACAGCAAGAUUUCAGGGCUCUUCCUCUGAAACAAUCUUUGGUUGCGAUAUCACCCAGCAGGUGCAAAAAUGCAUUACUUUUGUCAAGGAUCAUUUGGCAUGCUCAUCGGCUAUGUUAGUUAAAAACGUUAAUAUCACCACAGUUGUACAUAUACUGUACAACGGCAAUCCUUUUACAUCAUAUUUACAUAUUGUUGGAAUUAAUAUCCAUGUCCUUGCAUGUAUCAGGAAUUCGCAUGAACUUAUCCCUAGCUUGAAGCUAAAGUAUUUCAGCAUAUCUGUUGCAUCAGUUGUCCUCCUACUAACUAACUUUUAGUCCUUAAACAAGACAAUAAAAGAGUUCAAUUUCAAUGUAUUUAUUUACUUCUCAAUAAAAUACUAAACCAUAUUGAAACCUGUACAAGUGACAGUAUAACGAGCAAUAUAUCCAAGUCAUUUGAACAUUGCAUAUACCAUAGUUAAUAGAGGACAGGGUUUGGAAGCUGGGGGCGUGGCCAAAUUAUGUUAUUGUUCUCUGUCACGUGACAAUGCGGGUGCAUCAAAAUCUAUUUAGUAUUAGGAGAAUGUAUUACAGAGGAGGCUGUAGUACUUGAAAAACGUCUUUUAUAGAAUGAAUAUCCAAACACCAGGAGCAAAUUGCUUCAUAUAUGGUUGCAGGACUAGUAGAAAACACUUUGGUGUUAGUAUUUUUUGAAUUCCAAAAAAAGACGAUGAUUUAUCGACGAAAAUUCGGGAAGCGUUGGCGAGGCUUGUCACAAAGGACGUUGGAUCGCGAGAAAUCGCGAGAUAGAUGCAAAUUUACGAAAUAAAAUCGCUCAACAAACACUUCACGUUUGUGAAAGACACUUUGGGAAGACCCGGCCGAAACAUGUAAGUUAUUUUCUUAUGACUAACUAACAGGUUUCUCUGGUAGAGGUAUUGAUAUUUCGGUAUGGACGCUUGAAAGUUACAGCUUAAUUAACAGAAGCUUGCCGUAUAUAUUUCAUGUAUCAAAUGAUCAAAUUUGUAGCCAUAUGGAGCAGGAAAUAUAUAUUUAUUAAUGAUUUGCAUAAAAGUACGUUUCGGUCAUAUUUAUAUAACAGUUAAUCCUUAUGUUCAUAAAAUGAAGGUAUACAUAAAUUCAGAACACUGUCACUGAGGACAGUAGAAACAUUUUCGUAUAUAGUAUUAAAACAAAGUAUUAUACAAUAUUCAAAGGCUAUUUUAAUAGCAAAAAGUGGAAAAAUAAAGUAACAGGAUUUUGUUUGGGCAUGUCAUGAAUUUGGUGCCCACAGCCUUGUGGGCCCCUCACCAGCAACAUAAGCAAAUGGUCCAAGCUCUUCUGAUUUCACUGAUAAUUACUAGUGGAAUAAAAACAUUAAAUAAUAUUUCUGGGUAUAUAAUCCUUUGUACAUAGGUAAAAUCUUCUGGCAUCCAACAGUUGGUCAACAAAGCGUUUGGAGAGGAAUAAGAACUAAGUUUAAUACCCUUACGUCAAUAUUGUACCAUACAGAGGAAAUAUCAAAUAAGAAAUAUGAAAUAUCAUGGAAUCUUGGAAUAACACUUCUAUUUUGAUGUGACAGAACGAUCAAAACUAACAAAUUACAUGUCAGUAGACAUUGAAUCACUGUAUAGUUGGUCAAUAUCUGGACUUGUAAUUGACAAUUCGACGUAAGCCUUAGGACCUGCUAUUUAUGACAUUCAUAUCUAGACUAUUAUUGUCUAAUAUACAGUAAGAUAUUUUAUACUGGUAUUAAUUAAAGCAUGCCGUUUGUUUAGUGUUUUAUAUAAUAUAAACUUUAGAAUAUCUGCUGGUUAGCAAAAUCAACCGUUCGGGCAUAUUCACCAGCAUCAAAAGCACAACUUUAUCUUCUCUGCAUGGAUGAAGAUAUUCUUUCCUUUCCCCUACCUCUCGAAUGAUCGACAAUGCCUUCUCAUGCGUGAUAAGUCAUAUAUAAACAUGGGUUUUGUUUUCCUAGUUUGGCAGUACUAGCUAUGUAGAAUUUGUCCAGUGCUUUAUAAUACUGCGUCGAUAUUCGCACAGCAGUUGCUUUAAUCUUUCAAUCUAAACGACAAAUAUAAGUCCAAUAUUAAGUCUAAGGCAUCUCACUACAUAUUGUUUAAUUGGACACAGUAUAAAGGACUUACUUCUUCUACUGAACGCGAUAUUUCUUCAGUUAAUUCAUCCACGUUGAUUUGCAGCAGCUAAAUAGUUCGAUGAAAAUCGCCUCCGUCGUUGUAUCUGCGUCUCCAGCACCCAGAAUUGGAAGAAUUUUGCUUUCUGAAUCGUAUGCCGAACUUGUCGAAGCCAUAACAAGAACAACCAUGCCUUAUUUUAAAAUUUAUAAGCACAAUAGCAUAUUUCUGUAAUACUACGCUAUAGUAAUUUCUGAAUUUGAUGCACCCGAAAUGUCACGUGACGUACCUUUCCAACAUCUGAAAUUAAUUAGCUCGAAAGCCUUUGAAGUUUGCCGGCCUUCCAAACCCUAUCCUCUAUUAACUAUGCAUAAACGAACAAAUCUCACGGAGUUUUUUCGACAGAAGUAUUGAUCCGAUUGUUCGAUCGCAGUAUUUUUAAAGAAGCUUGAAAUGCAAAACUCACAGGGAAGAUUGAAAAAUUUUGGAGAUGAAAACUGUUGGGCUUCGAGUUUCACUUUUACAAUCACUCUUUCCCGGAUUGGAAAAGUAACAAUUGCGCAAUGUCCAAAAUUCUUCGAGUCACAUGAGCAGCGAUUACCAGGGCCUCUUCCGCUUUGGCGGCCAUAUUGGAAAAUCGGGCGGGCAGGCCUUGGGUACCAUAUUGAACUAUAAGUAAACUGGAAUGAUAACUUCUAUGAUAAAGGCCUAUGUUUGGGCGAAGCCAAAUUUCGGGCGCACAAGUAUAGCCUGUUCGCAGGUAUGUAUACGAAAAUAUAUACACAAAAUUUUUCACGAAGUAUUUUGACUAAUUUAAUCCUUAAUUUUAACUUAAAAGGAGUAAAAGUGAGAACAUUUUAACGAUUUUUAAGCUGUAUUUUUCCAUCCGUUUUGUAAAAAGGGACUGCGGCUACCUGCAGAACACACUCAUGGCUGACUUUAAAGAUGGCGGCGAACUUAUCGUUCAAGUUUACUUAUAGUUCAAUGGGGUACGAGGUUGGAAAGCACAUCGUAUGAAACGAUUUGACAAACAUGGUUUUCAAAAUUGACUGAAUAUUGCUUGUCUCAAUCUCUCCUGGCAAACUGGCAUAUUUUAUAGAUCAGUGAGGAUGACCACCCCACACGAUAAAGCAUAGCUGUGAGCCCGCGAUUAUCAAUAAACUUUAGACUUCGCUAAUGCCGGAUGUAAAUGUCCUAGCUGAAUUAGCACCCUCGCCACGGGUUUCGUCGUACGCUGUCUGCGCGUGUCUCGGGGAUAAAAUGGUUCAUUGUUUGUUUUUUUAGCUCAAAUGAAUACCCAUGCCGUAUGAGCUGGAGGAUUAAGUUGGUCAGUCAUGUAUCUGCCGAAAUGUUGUCUGCUGUUUUCAAUCAUUCUGUUAAUAUUGCUGACAAUUGGACAACUUCAGGGAACAGAAAUGAUGAAUAUUUGUUAUAACUCAAGUCUUGAAGGUAGGAUACCAUAAUAUUAUAUUUUGAAAUGUCAAUAGUCCUUUAGUUGCAUUGUGCUUUCGGCAACGUUUUUUCGUGCUCAUCAAUGACAUUUCAAGACAAAGUUACCCUGGUUCUCUUUGCGAGGCGAAAGACAUGAGGGGCUAGCUAGAGAAAAGAACCUCUAGUCACAUCAGUUGCAAAUCCCACUUCCACACUUAAGGUGGCUCAAUAUACUUUUCGUCAUCGGGGGACUGCUAUCUAAUCUUGAGUUUUCGCGUGAAAAUGUUAAAAAUAUAUGCAAAAAUAAAUACAACAUUUUCAAUCUAAAAUCUGAACCAGGAGUCAUGUCUAUUUUGAUGUUUUAAGUCUUCCUUGUUCUCAUUUGUUCUUAAAGAACAAACUUCGUCCUGAUUUAGCCCUGAACAUUGAAUAACUAGAAGACAUUUUAAGGUGCAAAAUGCAGUGUUCAACAUUCAAACUCUUGUAAAAACCGGCGAUCGAUCCGACCGGCGAAAAGAUUUUUACACCAAUAUUUGGCGAUUUAUAAGUUCAAAUCCAGAGUUUAUUGUACUUACAACUGGUAAAUGUAUUCAAAGUGUUAAUAACAGCAAAGGAAUUCAGUGAAACAGCAUCAUGCGCCUGCUCAAGCUGUUUUAAAUUGUCAAAACAACGAGGCGAGACGGAUUGUUUCCAAGCGUUUGCUUUAUGUUCGCAUGCUGACUUCGCAAAAAAAUGGCGUGACAGAUCCAAUUAACAAUUGAUUCAAUUAUACUAUGUGGGUUUCUGUGCUAAAAGGAAUGUGAUAUACGGUCGGCGCUCGUUGCUUGCUGUAUAAUUGUCGAAUGUGCUUGACGAGUAAAUGAGUGUGUUUUCCUUAUACACUUCAGGUUUCAGGCUCAAUGUAAAAGUUUUUAUGGCUAAAGUGUUUUCUCAAAGGAUAGAUUGCGUAAUGGGAUGUGCCAUGGAGCCAUGUUGUAGAUCAAUCAACUACAAAAAGUCAUUUGUCGCUGACAAUGAAUCAAACUGCGAAAUGCUACAUAACGUGGUGCAUAAUGUUUCUGAGAAUGUAAUGAAGGAAGACAGCACUUAUGAUUACGUUUACCUGCUUAAUCCUAAAAAAGUAAGAAUAUUAUUGUAAAGUAGAAAAAUAACUUAGUUAUGGAUAGCAAUCCUAUAUUUCUCUCCCAAUAUCCUGGUUUUUGGCUCAAAUUCAAGUAGUUGCCGGGGUAUCAGCAUCGCCUCCGCCCACUCCCUCACCCCAAACGACAGGGGAAAUGUUCAACAUUUCUUUCUGUGACGUUUGGAUCUCAUAUUUAAAUUUAUGCACAUUCUAUCUUCUUUCAUAAUUUGUAAAAUAAUGACGUAUAGCUAUACUUUAUAUAAUGACGUUACAAGGUAUGAUGCCCGCGAGGAAUGCUGCUCUUAGUAGUCACUGCCCGGAAAAAUUAAACAGUUCAAAUUGGGCUCUAUGGAAAUUUGCCCGGGCGAUGACUACUAAAGGUCCAUACAGACCGAACACGAUUCGACAACGCGACGCGAAUUUUUAGUUUUUAAAAACAAAUAAAACCGUCACCGGAUAAAAAUAUUACAGGGCGUGCAGACCAAAUAGCUAAAAUCGCUUUAGAGGUUCUGAAUAUUUGGAAAACAUAAAUGUUACUGUAAAUUUAAAAUUCACGUCCGGUCUGUAAGGACCUUAAAACCAGCAUUAUGGGCGGCAUUAAGCCUUGUGACGUCAUUAUGCAUAAAGUUUAUUCAGUUUUAAACGGCCAUGUGCGGGAUGUCAAGAGCGAGCAAUUUUCUUUCCCAGAAGAAAUAGCAAUUCCUAUUUUUCUAAAAAAUAAACAGCAUGGAAACUCUUAAUUUAUUUGACAAAAUGUCAAUAAACUGCGACGCUGCGCAAAGCAACGAAUAUCUUAAAAUACUAACCAGGCCAUAAAAGCAGUACGUAGUCUGGCGAAUUAACAUAUUGGCCCAAGAUGACCUUAAUAUUUUUUCACAGCUCAAAUAAGUAUCUUUUCAAUUACUUUUCUUUGAAGUGGAAGAUUAAUUGAAUAUUUAGUUGAGUUGUUUUUUAAAGUGCCGCUAUCACAAAAUGAGAGUUUACAUUAUUAGAAUCUUCAUGAUUCGUAGAUUGUGAAAAUACAAAACGGAUUUAAAAUUGAGCUUAUUGUCACAGAGUAAUAAGGCAAUGAAAUUUGAAAAUUUCAAAUUUUUACGGCAAAAGUUUUUGAAAACCGCGAAGGUGGGAAAUUGGUAACUAAUACGUCAUAGUAGGAAGACAUUGCCUACUCGCCUGAGUGAAAAGUAUAUAAAUAGAUACAAAUAAUUAUAAUACAAAUAUUUCUCUACGAAAUACUAAGUGAGAAUCACAAUUAAGCUGCUCAAAAUUCAACAAAAAUGUCUUCAUCGAGUUCAGAUACGGAAAAUAACAGUUAUACCAAAGCGAUGACUGACUGGAACUAUAUUUCUGGACCGUAUCAAAUCGAGUCAAAUCGACGAAAACACCAGUGAAGCGAAGUCAAGCAGCGCCGAUCAUGAGCUGAUGAGCACAACGUUGGAUAUGUUAAUAAACCUACCAGUGGCCGACGAAGAUUCGCUCAAGAGUUACCGCGAAAAAAAAGCAAUCAGGGACGGACGUCUUACGCAACUACAACAAAGACAUGAUGGUUCAGAAGAAUGGAGUAAAGGAGUCAAUAUUUCACCCUGACUUUGUAACGUGACUUUUUCGUUACUUGCCAGUGUUUCUACAUGUACAGUAUUCAAAUAACAAACUAUAAUAUUUCAAAGUGUAAAUGUGGCAAUUUUCGCAUUGAACUGCUUCGUAAAUUAUGCUAAAGUGUCCACGUUGUAUGGAAAUUGACGAGUGCGUCGAUUCUGACCUUGACGUUGCGAUGCAACUCAUGCAAGAGGCUGAAGUCAAGCCAUCACGUAUAAUCAAGCAUACCGGUUUUAACAGCGGCUUGUGUCUAGAUAUGUGGGCCCUCCGUUUAGCAGCCACGAAAUUGCGAACAAGAAAGAUGCAGGAAUACCGCCAAACAAGCACAGAAGAUAGGUAACUAAAGUUUUAUUUAUCAACAUAUUGAAAUUAUGAAACACUUUACCGUACCCGAGUUUAUAUCAGUGGACACACAUGUGCGGUAUACGGAAAAGAGUUUAUAUUAAUACGGUAUGACAUUACUCUACAAUUAUUGUAUUAUUAUAUAUUUACACGUGUUCACAAGUAAGCGUCUUUAAUAUUAAAAAGACUUAUAUUUAUUCAUUUGUAGAUUCUGACAGAGAACAGUAUAUAGAAGCUUUGUGUGGAUGAUUUAUGGACAACUAGGGAAUAGACGACAUUCCUUACCAGCUUGCCCUGUGCGAAUAUGAGAAAAUAAUGCCUUCUAUUGAUGAAGACUGCAGGAUUGGAGAGGAGGACAGUUCUUGAUAUUAUGUAAUUAUUUUUCAAUAAAUAAACCUGUUACACCGUAUAAGCAUAAUAUUAUACCGUAUUGCGUAUAGAAACAGUACAUUUGCUGUAUUGAUGUUGUUUUGCCAAAGAGACUGAAAUUUGAGACUAAGAUUCGUAUCUGUUGUUUUCCUGCACUUCGUGCGAGCGGAUUCAUUUGUGCAAAGUGUUGCAGCACGUUUAGGAAUAUUUCUGACUUUUAUUUCUUUCCACUGACUAAGUUAGUUCAUUAAGUUUCCCGCCAAAGUACUGCAAGUUGUGUCAUCAAUAACCUAAAGAAAAUGUUUGCCAGAUUUGGAAUACCUGCGAAGGUUGUCAGCGACAAUGGCUCUCAGUACAGUAACACAAGAAAUGUGUUUGGUGAUUCACACGAGUUCAAAAAAUUUACAAAAGACUGGGGUUUUCAACAUACAACUAGCUCACCAGAAUAUCCACAAUCAAACGGGGCAGCCGAAAGAGCUGUCCAGACAGCAAAGCGGAUCUUUAGAUAACAAAGGCAGAUAACAAAGAUCCAUUUGAAGGAUUAUUGAAAUAUCGCAAUACACCAAUUGAAGAUAUUGGAUCCUCUCCUGCCCAACUUCUGAUGGGACGACGAACUCGCAUCAUGAUACUGACUCACAGACGCUUAUUGCUCCCUCAGACUCCCGAAUGUGGUAAGGUGGUAAAGGGGUUUCAACACCGACAACUGGUUUCGAAGAAAUACUAUGAUAGGAAUGGCCGAGAUCUACCGCCUUUGAAUGUUGGAGAUAAAGUUAGAAUUCGCCUAAACCGUGAUAAAAAAUGUCGCUCUGCAGAAGUUCUACCACGAUCAUAUGUGGUGCGGGAUGAAAGUGGUAGUGUGUACAGAAGGAAUAGAAAACAAAUUAUAUCAGUCCGUAAGGAUGGCGAUUAUAACUUUCAAACUGAAGCAAUGGCUGCACCAGAGCCGAGUCCAGAUCUAAUGCCAAAUCCAAUAUUCCUAUGGACCCUACCGAACCGACAGCCCGAAGGUCCCAGAGGUUGACAAAGAAACCAGACAGGUUUAUUGAAAGUUGCUGAACUUAUUUGUUAUAAACUUAUAUACAACUUGUUAACUUAAAACUUAUUUGUUAUAAACUUAUAUAUAACUUGUUAUAAAAAGAUGUUAAAAAAUUUAUUAGGGAAAGGAUGUUAUAAUAUUGACGGUCCAGACAUUUAGUGAACUAUAGAUGAGCGGGCCCUGGAAAUGGUUUAAGGCACCCCACCUUAUAUAAGGGAUUGUUUUGCAUGGAUUGUGUCAUAAACUUGUAAAUUUUUAUUUGUUGAUUCUUGGCCUUACUUUCUAUUACUCAAAAUACUUUUAUGUUUGAUCGUAUCAUAACAGGUUUGUCGUGGACAGUAUUUGUCAUAUUUUGCAUUUGCAACGAAACCAAUUUCGUCGGUAGCUAACCGUGUUUUUACCUGUAAAAUCUUCCUGCGCAAAGUAUGCUGAACAUUGGAUCUCAUUUUGCUCGUUUAAGAUGCACGAAGUCUACCCAUUGCCUCCAUGCCCGCACCGCCCCCCCCCCCCGCCUCGGCUACCCCGCCCCCAACAAAACUCAAAAGGUGUAAAAUGAUUUAAAAAUGGAUUUCUUUGCAUCUGUGACACUACUAUACAUCUAUUCGGCAAUUUUUCAGUUUCGUGACUUUUAUUUGCGCUAUUGCCUUCUCUAAAAUAGCACAUACAAUAGUACUUCUACAUUAGUGAGACAGACGAGUCCCUACUAUUACGUCACAAGCAUUGUUUCGUCCCAGUCUCUUUUGCGCGGUUUUCAGAUUUUUCGCAAGGCGAAAUUCAAUGUUUAAACGGCAAUAACUUUUAGACUAAAAUAGCAAUUUCGAUUCUGUUUUCGAAUUCCCGUAUAUUUUGUAUCAUAGAUUUCAAAAAUAUGAACUCUCAUUUUGUGACAUGGACACUUUAAAGAGUUAUACGUAAUACUAUUUUACGCCUCGCGAUCAUCCCAUUAUGUCGCGACCAUUAAUGCUAUUUUACGUCUCGUGAUCAUCCAUUAAUACUAUUUUAAAUUAAGCCUCGCGAUCAUCCCAUCUCUCCAGAUAAAAACUAAUAAUAGCGAAGCAAAAGUUCAUUCUUUUUGGGCCAUGCACAAGUAUUCUUUGCCCUUACAUGACCAGGAAUACACUGUGAGAUAUAUUAAUACAACUAACAAUAACUAAGAUAAAAUUCAACAAAUUUGAAAACAUUGAAUUCUAGCGAGAAACGGAGUGAUACUGCUGAAUGCGUUCGUUACGGACCGGGAGUUUCAGCGCGCAGUCGUCAGAGUAAACGCCUUUCACCUCGGAGUUCGUUGUCUAUCACGGACUCAAGUGAAAACAGUCAUUCAACAAUCCGCCAACAAUCCGCGGUUUUCUCCGGGCGCUCAGGCUUCCUCCCGAAGGGAAAGUUGCCUGGGUGGGUCAGGAUAAACACAGUUAAGGACGUAAUAUCACUAUUGCAAGGACAAAAUAACCUAGGCUAAGUACGUAAUAAGGUGAGCGUAUCCACCUGAUCAAAAGCGCAUUCGAUCAUAUCCAUAACCAAAUGUGCUCCAUAGAACUGCUAAUCGUAAUCGUAAGUCCAGGUUGUCUAAUUUUGUUUUAAAACUGUAUAACAAAACAAUUAUUGUAUUAUUUCUAGGAAUACAACUCAAGCUGCUUGUUCAAGAACAAUUUCAAAGGUAGAUACUGGUAGAGAAGUACAAUUAGUUUUACAUGCACAUCCAGGGUCGGAAGUAUUUAGUUUGCAGAUGACACAGAAACUUUUUGUCGCAUAAUAUUUCUCGUGCGACAUGAAUUACUGGAUAACAUUUAUCCCGUGACAUUAAUUGUCACAUAAUAUCUGUCGCGCAUAAUCAUAUGCUUUGUGUAAAACAUUGGUUUUCGAGUAAUAAACAGCAUAGUGUUUAUAGCUUUUGCAGAGAUAACUGUUGAUAUGCAUACGGAAAUUAAUCGUUGUCAAACAAUAGUGGAAUUAACAACAGCCUUGGAAAGGUUGUGUACAUUGAGUGAAGCGGAACAACGACUUGUGUUUGGGAGUCAAAUGGAGAUUUUUCAGCGCAUAAAGGAUUGGGCAUUCGAACUCGAGCGGCUAAGACUUGUAGUUGGUCUUUCGAGUACUUGGACUCCAGAACAAUGAGAGAGAUUUCUGUAUGAUUGGCAAAACGACGUGCCUUUGUUAUAGGUCGGUUGUGGACAGAAAAGAUCAUAAGAGGAAAUGAAUGAUGGCGCAACUGAUGAGGUUAGCGAUAAUUAUUUUACUCUGACAAAUGUCAAGCAAGAGAAGGUGAAAAAGUUCCCCAUAAAUGGCUUGGAUUAUACUGUUCCAAAAGGAGAAAAUGGGGUAACACGAAUAUGAAAUCGUACUUAUUUUAGAGCGAAAUAUUGUUGCUAGGAUACUGUUUUGCUUGCAUAAAAUAAGCCUUAUGUGUUUUUUUUUCUUGGAGUUCUGUAGGUAUGUAUCUUCGCAUUUUGCUUAUGCGUAUUCGCAUUGAGGUCCUAAUUUGGUCAUUAUUUUUGCAUUCUUUGCAUUUUGCUUCGCAUUUUUCGCAUUUUGCUUCGCAUUCUUUGCUUUUUGCUUCGUAUUCUUCGCAUGAAGGCCCGAUUAGGCCCGAUAAAACUCAACGGCAUAAUCAGACUGCCCAUGCACCCUGUUAAACCUAUAAGGAGGGUCCUAAAGGGGUAAAAUGGGAACUGGGAUUGGUCUAUUUUUAGACUGGGAAAAUGGAAUUUGGGUUGCUGGGACUGGGAUGUGGCCACUGGGAAUGGGAAAUGAAGUCCUCAAAAAUGGGAAUGGGAUUGAGGUAAUGCGAGUCGAUUCCCAAUUUUUCUGCGUUUUGAGUAUUUUAAAAUACAAUUUUGAUCCGUUUUUGGUGUCUUUGGUCAUGAUUUUUGUUGUUAACUAUAUUAUUCACAGCACUACCUGCGAACAGGCAUACUCUGGUGCCUGGAAUUCGGGGUUUUCUGAUUAUGCGUGUCUCAGAAUGCUGUAAAUGCAAUUACCGGGAUUAAAAUUUUAAAAUGUUCUGUGCCUUCGGCACAAGCCUCCUCCUCCUCCCCGUGAUUUCAUAAAGUGUCCACCACUUGCACACACGGUGGCUUAAAAGUCUUAAACUGUUUAUUCUACCGAUAAAUAAAGGGUUUUUUAUUGAGUGGGAUUUCAAUAACUCGGACUGGGAUUUCUGAUAAAAAUCCAACUGGGACUGGGAUUUUGCCAAAAUUUCAGGUGGGAAAUGGGAUUGGGAAACCCCAUCCCCCCCUUUCAGGACCCUCUUUAAGUGGCAAGGCGCCCAGAUGCGCCCUACUUUAUUAUUUUAUCCUGUCUAACGGCAGUCGAUUUUACUCGUCAAGGGAGAGUUAACAGACACGGCCGUACAUUUUCUACAAUUUAUUCGUCUCUAAAAAGUCGAUGUUCGGUCGAUGUAGGGUCUAUGUGAGGUCGAUUAGAGGUGGAUGCGAGUCAAUGUAGGGUCUAUGUGAGGUUGAUGUGAGGUCGACGUGAGGUCGAUAUAGGGUCGAAGUGAGCCCGAUGUAUGGUUGAUGUGAGGCACCGGUUCGAGUCUGGUUUGGUAGGUAAAUGUAAACAUUCUAGAAUAUGUCAUAAUGAUCAUGUUCAUGUUCACGACUCAAAGAGUAGAUGCACGAAAAGUCUUUCCUGAUUUUUGGUUUACGCGCAUGCAUACUCUCGCAAUAGCGAUCAUGCUAGUUCAUCUGUAUUGCCCCACAAGCAAACCAUGCAUAUAUCGACUAUAUAAUUCGCCACUCUUCGCUCUCUUUUUCUUUUCUGAAUGAGAGCUUAUAAGUGGUCUAUGGUUUCUUACCAGUGCGAUCGAUGUCUGAAACGGUUCUCGUCCUAUCAUAAUGUUAAGGCGAACUACUAUGUAUACCCAAACACUAACGAUAAUGCCUCGAUGGAAGGAGAUAGAGGAAGUAGCUACUCGGAUGAACAAAAUGUGGACUCUUUUCCAGACGAAGAAAGUGUUAGGGAAACUAAAGAAAAUGAAAACAGUGAGAAUUCCGAAGAUGAUGAUGAAAUCAAGGAAGAGAUUGAACCUUGGGCGAACAUGAAUGACGAUGCAAAAGCGACGGUUCAACCAGAGUAUAAUGAAUUUAUGAACACGUUGCAAAUGGCUGGGCAAGAAGAAAAUGCAGCUAAGCAGAAAGCCUUUGAAAACGUUGUCUCUGAACUUCAGAAAGAAUUUUCUGGCGUUUACGUGAAAAAUUUACGAUGGAUAAAAUACAUAAAAGAAAACAUUUGUGAACGAAGACUCGUUUGAUCGUGAUGAAGCUUUAUCUGUAGCGGUUGACAAAAGAAACUUUCUGGUGAAGCAGCUUUCAGAAGAUCAAGAACGUUUUUCAAAUAGUGAUUAGGAUCAAUGAAUCGAUGUAAUGCUUACACAUGUAAAAUAAAUAUUUAUCAAAACUGUAUUGUGCCUUGCUUUACAGAACUGCAAAUGUACAUUAGAAUUAAGCCGUACCAAGCAAUAAAGUCCAACAUGUUGUCAAAACUGCACGUAGUAAAUAUUACUCGAAAUCAGUGGAAAAACUUAAAGAAGGUAAUCUAUCUAAGUGGUGUAGAGAAGUUAAGAGUUUGAGCGGUUUGACAUCUAGUGUCACAUGGUUCCACCAGUUAUUAACUGAUUAUAACCAUACCGCAACCCAUUUGGCCGAGUCAUUUAAAGAGUUCUUGGUUAAUUUAAUCUCACAUUUCACAUGUGAUACGAGUUCCAACCAACUCGACAUACCCCAUCAGUUUCUUGUCAAUCCCGACAUUGUCUCCGCAUCCCUUCGCCAAAUUAAGAUAAAUAAAUCUACGGGUCCGGACAGUAUUCCCAAUAAGCUGCUUAAAAUGUUCGCUACCGAAUUUGCUCCUGUUUUGACUGACAUAUAUAACUCAUCUAUGCAACAAGGAAUUUUUCUCAACAACAAAAACGUGCUGUCGUUAUUCCAAUUCCGAAAGUGUCGCCUCCAUUAUCCCUUAAGCACGAUCUAAGCAUGGGCGUCAAUCCUGGGGGUGGGGAUGGGGGUGGGGACGCGUCCUCCCAGUUUUUGGAGUGAGGGGAUGAAUAUCUAAUUAUCCCCACUUUUUGACAUGUCUAAUGAAAUUUUGUUUCUUGGUUAUCUAAAAACCUAAUGCAAGGUUGCUACUCAUCAAAAUUUGUUAUUGAAAGGUAUUGAAGAUAUUUAAUAAGAAGUUCAACGUAUGAUCUUUCUGUAGCCGCUGGGAGCAAAUACUGACAUCGCAUACACGGCAAAAAAUGCCGAGCCAGUUGCUCAACAGGACUGAACAAUGUUUUGCUGCCCACGUUGUUCACACUUGUCAACAAUAUUGAACAAUGUUGUUGAGCCUGAAUCGGGUGUAACAAUAUUGUUCAAUAUUCUUGACAGCUAUGAACAAUGUGGGCAGCAAAACAUUGUUCAAUCCUGUUUUCAUCAGUAUUGCAUCAACCCCUGCAUCAACCUGACCGUUUUUACGCGUGUAUGUAAUGUAAAAUUGUAAAUACUUAAAAAUAAUUAACUUUUACAGCAGUUUCACGAGAUUCGCGACCCCCCAACACAAAAGUUCGCUGAAGUAUGUAAUAUUUGUUUUUGACAUAAGGGCGUGGCUACCAACUAGUAUUUUAUUAUAUUAAAUCAGCUGAUGCCGCAUGCCAAAAACAAACAUUACUUCAGUGAACUUUUGUGUGUUGAGGGGUUGCGAAUCUAGUGAAACUGCUGUAACUGAGUUUCCCUUAAGUAGACGAUUAUCAUCAAAAUAAAGCAAAUGUUUAUUUUACGAGCGAGCGCAGCGAGUGAGUAAAAUAUUGUUCCUAACCCAAACAAAAAUUCACGCUCAAAAGCAAAUUGGAAAAAGUUACGUGAUCGAUAUCUUCACCAGUUAAGAUACGGAAAAUAUUUCACUGUGUAUUUUUCAGUAUCUCACUCUCUACUAUAUAGUAAAACUUUAUAAGUGCCUCCAAAACGCUGGGAAUGCCGUUUCAGUAUACCAAAAUUAAAAAAAAAAUUUCGGAUAGCAUACCUACGGACAUUCUUAGUUUGGAGUCCGUCCCCUCCACUUUUUGCGAUAGAUUGACGCCAAUGGAUCAAAGGCCCUUCUCACUAACAUCUCAAGUGUCAAAAGUCAUGAAAGGGUUUACUUUAAAAUCUCUGUUAUUGCAAGUUGCUGACAAAAUGGAUUCAAUGCAGUUUUCCCUCCCAGGCAAAUCUACAACCCAUGCCCUGGUUUAUCUGUUACAUUCCAUUCUUGGAGCUCUCGAGUCAGGUCAAUGCUACGUUAGAAUAUUCUUCGCAGACUUUAGAAAAGGCUUUGAUCUUGUCGACCACAACAUUAUAAUCGACGAACUAAAACGACUUGAUGUUCACCCUUCCAUCGUUCUUUGGAUUUAUUAUUUCCUUACGGAUCGCGAACAAUGCGUAAAAAUUGAUAAUUACAAUUCUUCAUGGAAGAAAACUAAUGUUGGCCUAAUUCAAGGAACCAAACUUGGACCUCUUCUGUUUGUAAUUCUUGUCAAGCAGCUAUUAAACAAUUGAGUGGCACGGUCGUAUUAAAUUCGUUGAUGACGGUCUUUUAAAUCAUCCCGCGGGGUUCCCCUAGUUUACUACCUAUAGUUGUAAAUAAAACUUCAAAAAGAGGAAUGGAGCUCAAUCGAUAUCCCAAGAAAUGUAAGGAAAUGAUAAUUACUUUCUUCAAAUACAACCACACUUGUUUUAGUCCUAUUUACAUCUCAGGAGUUCCCGACGAAUUAGUAUCCUCAUUUAAACUAUUUGGUGCCCACUUGUCUAACGAUCUUACGUGGAAUUCACAUGCAGAUUAUAUAAUGAAAAAGGCAAAAUCACGAUUAUAUUCCCUCCGCAAGCUACGUAAAGCUGGUCUGAAGCAAUCUGAUUUGGCAACAGUUUAUUGCUCCUUUAUACAUUCACUUUUGGAAUACGCGUCACCGUCGUGGGCUACGUUGUCAUCCACGUUGUCGAAUGAAAUUGAGUCCUUUCAACGUCGUGCUCUUAAAAAUCUCUAUCCUGACUUGUCAUAUGCCGAUGCGUUCGAUACUACCGGAUUUGAUACAUUAAUUGAUCGCAGAGGCGAUGCCUGCAAGUCGUUCCUUCAGAAGUUAUAGGGUCACAAGUCAACCUUCUGCAACCUGCUGAUAAAUAUUCUUGAAGAAACACCGUACGAACCUGUCCAUAACUAUUGCCUGCAAAACAGCAAUCCUCUUGCACCGCUUAUAUUUACUGAACGGUUUCGCAACUUUGUUACAAUUAAGUAUAAUUCGUAAUUUUACGCUUAUUGACUUAUUUUUAAACUAUAGACUAUUGAACAUUAUUGCAUAUUAAUUUUUUAUCGUUGUCCUUCACCUGACCGCCUUUAACAGGUUUUUUGAAUGUAGAUAAUUGGUAACUUCUGAUAUAAUUUUAACAUUGUGACUCUAUGUAUGUAUUUUAUCCAGUUGUUAUAUUUAUAAUCGUGUAAUUCAGUUUGUACUGCGAUACUAUUUAUUAAAUUAAAUUAAACUAAUAAUAAUAAUAAUAAUAAUAAUAAUAAUAAUAAUAAUAAUAAUAAUAAUAAUAAUAAUAAUAAUAAUAAUAAUAAUAAUAAUAAUAAUAAUAAUAAUAAUAAUAAUAAUAAUAAUAAAAAUAUAAUAAUAAUGAAAACUUUAUUAAUAGAACAUUUAUAGAUAUAUACAAUUGUAAAUCUCACUUCUUGAGGUAACCUACAAUUGACUACUUGAAUCACUUAUACAUGCAUGGUUAUAAUUUUAUAUACAAAAAUUGUUGAUUAUUUAUAGAAAUAGUUACUUUAAAUGUUCAUUAGUUCGGGAUUAGUCCAUUCUUUAUUUCUACAGCAAAAUAUGUAGUACGUUGAUCGGAUGGCAAUAGAUAUAAUUUUUCUGAUACAAUAUUGUUGGUGUUGAUUACCCAGUCCUAACUCAUUUAGCAUUUUUACGAAUGUAUGACAUUCUUUGUCAAACACCCCUAGCGAACUGACAGAAAGAUUUGUAAAUUUAACAGAUGUAACGUUUUGAUCCAGUUCUCUAAUUAGGUCUUUAUAUUUAGCUUUCUUGCGGUUAACAUUGUUUGUGAAGUUUGAUUCAAAGCCUACGGUAAGUUCAACAACGUAGAGGUGUUUGUCUGAAGUGGAGACAAGUAAAUCAGGACGAUAUUCAUCUCCCGUAAUAAUCGAGGGGCUUUCAAAUCCAGGAAGAUCAACAUGUAAUUUGCAUUUGUUUAAACUUUGAAAAGUUUUUGCAAGAAGGUUUAGUAUGGAAUCGUGUCUCCAAGUAAAUCGUUCCAAGUAAUGUUUACAACCGGCAACAACGUGUAGAAGUGAUUCAGGGUGUAAGCAGAACGAGCAGUCAGAACUUGAUGAAAUUCCCCAUCUACUGAGGUUCUUUCGGGUAGGAAGGGUAUUAUUUAUAUAGCGAAUUGUAAAGUUGAAAAUGUUCUUUGGUUGCUUUGAUUGCGAUACCGACCAGAUUGCGUUAAGUUGUGAUAGCGAGAAUUUAGAAACAUUUUCGAAAAAGGAACCUUGACAUUUCAAACGGUUCCUAAGUUUAUUUUCUUGUUGAGAAUGGAAAGUUUUUAAAACUUCUUUAGUUGAGUUGUAGCUAUCGUAUUGAAUGUUAGUAUGAUUAUUAGUUGACUUUCACAGUUCGUUUAUUGAAUCGUUUGGAGAUGUUUCUAGGGCAUUGCUUAGAACUGUUUGAUUCUGAAUGAAUUUGACUGAUGCUGGGAGGAUAUUUAGACCAAACUUAUUACGGGUUAGGAAAACGUUACUUAGUGUUCCAGAUAUAGGUACUUCCAGCCAUUUUUGGAUGUACUUGUUCACCGAAGAAUCGAUAUUUUCGACUACCCAAGUUUUAGAUAUCGUAGCAACAGUAAAAUGCCAGGAUAGUUUCGACAAAACAUAACGACUGUAAAGUAAAAUUUUGUUUUUUGGGUGAAGAUAUUUAAGAUCUAUUUCGCACAUUAGUUCAUCAAUGAGGGAAAUCAGUUUAGAUUUAUGUUUUUCAUUAGUCAUGUUAAAGUCGAUGUGUCGUCCCAAAUACUCAAAUGAUUCUCCAGUCUUAAUCGUUGGUAUGAGAUCCUUAUUGAUCAAAAGCUUCGGCAGGUACUGCGCAGAUUUUGAUAAAAAUUUUUUGAUGCCAAAUGUGCUACAUUUAUCAACUUUAAGAACCAUGUUGGACCAUUGACACCAGAUAGAGAAUCGAUUAAGGAGAUGUUGAUUUUUCGACUCUUGACCAGUAAUAACCGCAGCAGCAUCGGCAAACUGAAACCAGUGGAUUGCAUUAAGAAGUUGGAGGGAGAAACCGAACUGGCGGUACUUUUCAGCUUUGAUAUGUAAUAAUGAAAACUUUAUUAAAUGGAUAUUUAUAGCUUAUAUAUACAAUUGCAAAUCUCACUUAUAUCAGGUAAUUUACAACUGGCUACUUAAAUCACUGAUUAUAUAUGCAAAAAUUAUGCUAUUAAGAUAACAAAAUGACAGUACAACGUUUAAACACUUAACAGUUCCGGAUUCAUCCAUUCCUUGUUUCGACAACAAAAUAUAUAAUACGUUGUUCUGAUUGCAAUCGUCGUCAUUCUUCUGAUACAGUAAUUCUGAUGUUGCUUUUGAAAACCAAAAUCAUUAAGCAUUUCUAUGAAAGUAGAACAUUCUUUACUGAAAACACCAAGAGAACUAAUCAAAAGAUUUUGUUCCCUAAUUAAUUCUUUAUAUUUUGAUUUUUUACGCUCAACGUUUUUUUGAAGAUUUGAUUCGAAGCCAACUGUAAGUUCAACAAUAUAGAGUGUUCCGGUUGAGGUUGAAAGAAGCAAAUCUGGACGGUAGGUGUCACCAGUGAUGAUUGAUGGAUUUUUGUACCUUGGGAGAUCCACGUAAAGAUGUGAGCCGCUUACGGUCUGCAGGCUUGUUGCGAGAAAGUUUAGAACGGAGUCAUGUCUCCACGUGAAUCGUUCUAGAUACGAUUGGCAACCAGCUACUACGUGCAGAAGUGUCUCAGGAGCUAGACAUCGCGAACAGUCUGAAGUCGGUGAUAAACCCCAUCUUGCAAGGUUUUGGCGCGUUGGAAGGGAGUUAUUGAUGUAUCGAACUGUAAAGUUGAAUAUGUUUUUCGGAAGGUUCGAUUGGCACGCAGACCAAAUUUUAGUGAGUUGGGACAGUGAGAACUUUGUUAUAUUAGUGAAGAAAGAGCCUUGACAGGUUAAUUGAGUAUGCAGUUUAUCCUCUUGUCCAGAGCGAAAGUCCUUAAGAACUUGCUUAGUGGAGUUAUAAACGUCAUACUGAAUAUUUUUGCUGUUGCUAGUUGCUUUCCAAAGAUCGUUAAUUGCUUCGUUUGGGGAUGUUUUUAGGGCUUUACGGAGAACAGUUUGACAUUCAAUAAAUUUGACAGAUGGGGGACAAAUACUGAGGCCAAACUUGUUGCGGGUUAGGAAAACAGUGCUUAGCGUUCCAGAUAUAGGUAUAUCAAGCCAUUUACGGAUAUAACUGUUGACUUUGGAAUCAAUGUUUUCGGUGACCCACGUUUUCGAUACGCUAGAAACUGUAAAAUGCCAGGAUAAUUUGGACAGAAGAUAUCGACUGUAGAGGAGGAUUUUAUUUUUUGGAUGUAAUGGUUUGGAAUCAAUAUCUGCCAUUAGUUCUUCAACGAGUGAGAUUAGUUCAGACUUGUGGUGUUCGUCUGACAUAUUAAAACUAAAGUAUCUUCCUAAGUAUUGAAAAGCCUCACCGAUAUUGAUCUUUGGAAUUAGUUGCUUGUUAAUAAGUAGUUUAGGCAAGUAUUGGAUUGAUUUUGUUAGAGCUAUAAUAAUAAUAAUAAUAAUAAUAAUAAUAAUAAUAAUAAUACCUUCCAUCGGGCCUUAUCAUGCAGGCCUUAAUGCGAAGAAAAAUGCGAAGCAAAAUGCAAAGAAUACGAAAAUGCAAGACCAAAUUGCGAUCUCAUGCGAAGACGCAUAAGCAAAAUGCGAAGACGCAUACCUACAAAACCCAAAGAGAAACCCCACAUAGCGCUUAUUUUAUGCAAGUAAAACAGUAUCCUAGCAGCAAUAUUUCGCUCUAAAAUAAGUACGAUUUCGUAUUCCUGUUACCCCGUUUUUUCUCGUUUUGGAACAGUAUAAUCCAAGCCAUGUAUGCGGAACUUUUUCACCUUCUCUUGCUUGAUAUUUGUCACAGUAAAAUAAUUAUCGCUAACCUCAUCAGCUGCGCAAUCAUUCAUUUCCUCAUAUGAUCUUUUCUGUUCACAACCGACCUGUAACAAAGGCUCGUCGUUUUGCCAAUCAUACAGAAAUCUCUCUCGUUGUUCUAGAGUCCAAGUGUCCGAAAGAUUGGCCACAAGCACUAGCCGCACGUUUUCGAUGCCUUGGGGUCCCUAAUACAAUCUGCCUUCUCACGUCGCCGCUGACUGCACUGAUGUUCAACUGUAAAACAGAUGACGGCCUAAUUCACAGAGAGGGUGGAAUAUCAAGGCAAAUUCACGUCAAUGAUAUGGAGAAUACACAGUACUUGACAUUCCAGAGGUUUAAUGCUUUUUUCAUCAGUCUAUCAAACGAAGCAAAACAGAAUAUCGCGUCCAAGGACUUGGCAACUUCGGAAGUUUAGCAAACGUUGCUGAAUACACGUAGUUUGGGUCAUUCCCAACUCGAAGAGUUUGCUAAGAUUACAUGUCUACAGAAUCCGGAACAAUUGUUCAAAACUACGUUCCGUGAUUCUCUUUCAUAGAACAAGCCCUUACAUUUGCUAAUAUCUACGUAGACGAAGAAAUGGAAGUGGAGGCACCCACGUAGAUACGUUCCCACCGUCUGAUUACCGCGUAUAAGGCUGGUAGUGAAGUCAAUAUGCAGAAUAUCUUGAAGCAUGAACUCAUGCCUGUCUGAACUUUUGAAACGAAUUGACAUCGUGCUUGAUAGAUACCGAGAGAAGUCGACUGAAGUCUCCACAGGACUCACAGGUCACGGAAUGGGCGUGUCAUUCGGAGAGUUACAGAAGGUCGAUUUGUCCCUUUAUCAUCAAAAUGGCGCGAAAGCAUUUCUUGCACUUGGUGACAACAAGGCUGACUUAGCUCAGUUUGUAUCGGAGGAGCUUAUCGCGAUGACACCUGAACACAACGCUAUUGUUGUGUCUGAUGGAUUCUAGGAUAAAGAGGAGGUGCGGCGCUCGGACUCUACAAUUGACGUUCUUGGGCUGCGUUGAGAUCACUAGGCCUAGAGUCGGAUAUCCGCAUUGUCUUACAUGUUAUAUCCAACAAUAGAUAUGCUCAGAACGUUAUUGUUUCAGCCUGUAACACAAAUGUGCCACUCCUGUUGCUGGUCCAUCGAUAUCGGAUAACUUCGAAAGUCUGAGUUGCAGCCGCUAAGAAAACGCCUCAUCUAAAACGAUGUCUAUGGUAAGCUUCCAGCAGAAUCUGAGAUGGCCAUCCUAUAAUUUCAUGCGAUCACCGGCUGUGCCACACCUCGCACCUGUUUGGUUAAGAAGUUCUCAAGGGCGGUGUUGAAGAACAACUCCUUUCCCUUGGAAAAAUAAUUCUGACAACAGACACACUUAAAAGACCAGAAACGUUUGUUUGCAGAAUCUACAAGACAAACGUAUUAUCCGAGCAUAUGACUCAAUUUCUCCUUUUGCUAAGGCUGGUACUCUAGAUAAAGUUCGAACCACCAAGCGACGCCUUGAAGUACCAUAUAAUGAGAACCCGUUAUCAAGCUAUGGUGUGCCGACAGGCGCGUUGUCGAAAGCAAAUUAUGCCUAA